GUUUUGAAAUAGGUGGCCGGGACGCGCAUUGCAUAUAUGUAGCAGUUAUUUUUUUUAUAUAGUUUAUUUAAAAGUGGUUUUAUGUGAAGCCAUGUCUUUCCCGAAAGCUCCGCUGAAACGGUUUAACGAACAAAUAGGUAUGUAUUACCGCACAACCUGUAUGUAGCUGCUCAAUGUAAAGUUUCACUGUAUUGAUAACAAGUCUGUCUGGCUCAGCAUUGUGAGAAGAGUAGUCCACAUCAGCUGGAGAGCUGAAGGAUAGCCUCUUAGUGCACUGUAGGGUCUAAUAAGACAUAAUUCACUCCCAUAUUAUUGUCUCAUGCUUUUAGUUUCCAUAGGGCAGCAAAUUAUCACACCUGGAAAUCACAGGCAUUGUUCGACUAAGAUGGUUUAUUCUUUGAACUCAGAAUUGUAGUAAAGUUUAGACAAAUUUGUAGUUGGUCUGCAAAAGUUCUCCAACUUGGCUGUGGUUCCAGCUUGGCUAUUUCAUUCUCAGUGCUGCCAAUUAAGAGUUAGACUUUCUCCAAACAAGCAUCAUAAUCCAGCUGCAGCAGUCAAGAUGUGAGGAGUACCCUAACCCUGUUUCCUGGUAAUUAGGCAAACUGUCUUGCAAUUCUUUGCCCUCUUACUGGUCCUGUUGGGCAACUGGUUUAUUUUAAGGCAAGCUUUGACAUGCAUUUGGCUGACCUUUCUUAGCCAAUUAUUUCAAUUCUGUGCAUAGGAAUAUUCAGAGAAUUGACUUUAGUGAUAACACCCCAGUGACCCUGCCAAAGGUGGAAUUAUACCACCUACAGCAGAGGGGUUAAUCCUGGUGAAAUGCUGCACAGACUCCAAUGGUACCAUGACCAGUUCAAAUCAGUGGUUAAUGGUGCAUUGAGUAAUGCCCCAAACUGUGCAGCGGCGUCCCACACAGCCUGUCACUUCCUCCCAGCAUCCUGCACGGAGACAGUGGGAGGUAGAGGAGGAAGUCUCAGCGUGAGGGGAGAAGAGCUCCUUGUACAUACGGUAAGGUGUGUGUGUGUGUAUAUGUAUAUAUGUGUGUGUGUGUGUGUGUGUGUAUGUAUGUAUGUAUGUAUGUGUAUAUAUAUAUAUAUAUAUAUAUAUAUAUAUAUAUAUAUAUAGUGUCUGUGUGCAUGUACAAACCUGAGUAUGUGUUUUUUUGUUUUUUGUUUUUUUUUAUGUCCGUGUGUAUCUGUGUCAUGGAGUGGGCAUGUAUCAGUGUUUGUUUGUACCAGGGUGCAUGUGUCGGUGUAUUUAUAUGCAUCUGUGUGUUUAAUGUACAUGAAUAUGUAUGUGCAUACAUCCAAGCAGUCAAACACCAGCACAACAUACAAGCACACUCCUGCAAUCUAACACAUAUUACCUACAAACACACCCCUUCACUCAAACACAAAUACUUCACACAAAUGUACAUUCACAUUUAAAAGUGAACAUUACAUUCAGACUCAUCACUGCAAUCAAACAUCACAUACAAACACACUCUUGCAUUAACCCUUUCCCGACCGCAGACGGAAAUUUUCCGUCAACCUUGUCCUUCAGUUAAGGACCGUUGAUGGAAAAUUUCCGUCAUUUACUAAGGUUAACCCCAGAUCGCGGGGUUAGCGGUGCUCCAGUCUGCCUCUGUAUUAGAGGCAGACCGGGAGCACCCGAUCGGGCUGCCCCAGCACCGGUGCUCGCUCUGACAGGCUGUCAGAGCGAGCACAUGUGCUCAGUGUGCCUUCCGCCUCCCUGCACUUCCGGGUUCUGUGUUACGUGCAGGGAGACGGAUCAGAGCUGAUCCUCUUCUCCCUGUGUAAAAAAUAAAUAAAUAAAUAAAUAAAAUAAAGUUAAAUCUCUCUCUCCCUCCCCUUUCUCCUGCUUUAAUAAAAUUAACCCCUUCCCUGCCAUUUGAUCACUGACUACAGUGAUCAAUUGGCAGGGUAUACAUUUUAAUGGCAUUUGUUUUUUUGUUUUUUAACCCUCAGGGGUUAAAUUUAUUUUAUUAAUUUAAAUUAUUAUAUGUUUAGCUAGCUGGGAUGGGUGAACGUUAGUGGGGAAUUGAGGAAUUUGGUGUUAGGCUAACUAGGGGUUAACAUUAAAAAAAGUUUAAAAUAAGUUUUAAAAAGGUAAAAAAAAGUUUUAACUGUUUUAGUAAGGUUUAAGUAAAAACAAAAACACCACCCCCCUUUACCCAGUCUAAAUAAAAAUUAACCCCUUCCCUGCCAGAUGAUCACUGCCUACAGGGAUCAAAAUACAAAUCACCGUAUUAUACUGUAAUCUAAUUUCUUUUAACCUCUGAGGAUUAAUUUUUAUUUUUUAACCCUCAGGGGUUCAAUUAAUUUAAUUAAUUUAAAUAUUUUAUAAUAUUUUUUGCUAGCUUGAGUGGGUGGGAGUUAUGGGAUGGGGGGAAUUUAGUUAGUGCUGCUUACUGCUAGUUAGGGGUUAAUGGUAAAAGAAAAGUUUAGAAAAAAAUGUAAGUUUAAAAAAAGGUAAAGUGUAAAACAUUUAAUAAGUAAAAAUAAAAGUUUAAAAAUGGGUUUUACAAAGUAAAAAAAUACAUUAAAAAAAUGCUCAUUACCACAUUACCAAAAUAUACUGUGCAAACUCACUUUGUGUGUCAAAGGCAAAAAAACGCUUAUUACCACUACACUUGGUACAAGCUAGCGGAAAAAUUAUCCCACGCUAAGGUUCAAAAUAUGCCUUUUGAAAUACCCUGGGAUGUGUUCUUUAAGAAAUGGUAUGCCUUUAUGGUGUAGUUGUAAUAUGUAGCCAGCUCAAGUGCUCCAAAGUGGGACACGGACGCAUCAAAACCCUCCAUGAAAACUCACACUUAAAAACUUUAAAGGGAAACCGUAGGCACUGUAUCUGCUUCAUCUCAUUAAACUGGUUAUAGUGUAUGGAGUCCCCUGGUGCCAUCAUUUCUUUCAGCAUUAAACAGUUUUUAAUGUUGCAAUAUUUUAAUGCUAAACAAGAGACCACGGCAGUCCAUCCCCUCUGUGCUGCUUUGGCUAAUAAGGAAAUAUUACCCAGAGCAGCAAUGAGCAGCUGUGAUUGGCUGAGAGUGUCAGCUGACUGCUUUUAACCUGUCAGAGCUCCAACUGACGGUAUGAAUGGGUAUGACAACAAGGAAGUGUGUAAUCUCUGCCUUAGCUACACAUACAGAAGGGGCCGGACUGUGGGUGGCCAGGGACUCUUAUUUUGUGGCAUACUGCACAAACCUGGUGCAACACUGAAUGGAGGGACAAUGCACUCCAGGCACUAUAACCAAUUCAAAGAGACAAAGUGGUUAUAGUGACUACAGUGUCCCUUUAACUUGUCACGUCUCUUUUACAGCAGUGUAACUUCACAAAAUAGUGUCUAGGUCAGUGAUGGCGAACCUAUGGCACGCGUGCCACCGGUGGCACGCCGGGCCCUUUCUGUGGGCACGCGGCCACAGGUUCGCCAUCAAUGCAGAGUAGGCACCUGCCUGCCCGAAACGGCAGGCGUCUACUCUGCUUCCGGGUCGGGAGGCAGGGGGAGGGAUCUGUGAUGCAGCUCCCCUGUCCUCCCGCGUGAUGCUGUGUGUAGCGUUGCCGCGCGUUACCAUGGCAACACUCCACACAGCAUUGCGCAGGAGGACAGGGGAGCUGCAUCACAGAUCCCUCCCCCUGCAGUGCUUACCACCACCGGACCACCAGGGAUGGCUGUGUCCCCCUCCCCCCCCAACUUCAUUAAAGGUAAGAAGGAGGGGGGGGGUAUACUGACACACAGUACCCCUACCCCCCCCCAGCACACAGUACCCCCCACACACAGUACCCCUACCCUCCCCAGCAGUACCCCUACCCCCCCGCAGCACCCUUACACAUACAGCACACACACAGCACCCCUCACAUACAACACUCACACACACAAGCACCCCCCACCUCAAUGCAGUGUGUGUGUGUAUUCAGCAGUGUGUGUGUGUGUAUUCAGCAGUGUGUGUGUAUUCAGCAGUGUGUGUGUGUGUAUUCAGCAGUGUGUGUGUGUAUUCAGCAGUGUGUGUGUGUGUGUGUGUGUGUAUUCAGCAGUGUGUGUGUGUGUGUGUAUUCAGCAGUCUGUGUGUGUAUUCAGCAGUCUGUGUGUGUGUAUUCAUCAGUCUCUGUAUUCAGCAGUCUUGUGUGUGUGUGUGUGUGUGUGUGUGUAUGUAUUCAGCAGUCUGUGUGUGUAUGUAUUGCAUUUGUUGGAGAUACUAAUAAAUAUAAGCUUAAUUUUAUCUAUUUAUAUCAUUAUUUAAAAUUUGUAUCAUUGAACUCUGUGUUCUUUUAAAACAAAAGUUAUUAGUUCGGACAACAGUACGAGUUGUUUUUUCUAAACUUAAACCUCAGUAUUUGGGUUUAAUUGCCGUGUUGGCACUUUAAGGAGAAAAAAAGUUGGCAUGUAUUGCGGUUUUGGCACUCGGGCUCAAAAAGGUUCACCAUCACUGGUCUAGGUCAUACAUUGGGCAUAUUGUUUUACUCAGAAGACUUAGCUGAGCAUAAUUUGGGCGGUUUGAACUUAGUGGCACAUAUGAAAUGUACAAAAUGCCCAGCAAAAAUGUAAUCCGUAUGUAAAAAAAAAAAAAAUGCCCAAAAUUAUUUUUUACCACAUACUUUGGCAUAUAUUGGUGAAAAAAUGGGGGCAUGCUAAGGCACAAUAUGCACCAUAUGAGAUAUCCUGGAGUGUCUACCUUUACAAAUGGUAGGCCUUUGUGGGUUUUUUUUUUUUUUUUUGAAACAGUCAAACUGCUGUAAUACCACAAAUUGAAGCAUAGGCCUAUUAAAUCUGCCUCUCAAAAUUCUACUGUAAAUGUUGAAACGGACAGGUCUCCUAUAUGGCACUGUAGCUUCACGAAAUAGUGCCAAAGACAUACAAUGGGGGUAUCGUUGUACUCAGCAGAUGUAACUGAACACAAAAUAAAACUUUGUUCAGGAAUAGCACACACCAACUUUACAAAAUACACAUGAGAUGUUCUUUGUUAUAAGCUUGUGUGCCAAAAAUCACAAAAAAACUAAAUUUUACUACAAUAUUUAGCAAAGAUUGGCAGUGAAAUGGCUACGUAGAAAGUGUGAAAACAACCUUAGGACAAUAGCUUGUGAUAUCUACUGUAUAUAAAUAUAUACUUUUGUGUGGCAAUUUUGUUUUCUUUUAUGGCUAUUAAGCUUACAAGACAAACAUACCAAAUUCUAAAAUCGCUCCACAUUAAAAGUUUAUUUUACUCCUUGUGCUUUGUGACCUGAAACUACCAAAAAAAACUUAAAAUCCCAGAUACAGUAUAUAUUCUGUAAAUCAGAACUAAAUUAAUUUAUUUUUAAUUACUUUCUUUAACCUGCACUAAUUAGGCACACAUUAUUAUUGCAAAAACUGUACAAAAAAACACAAAUGUAUACAAGCACCCUUUCAAACACCAACACUGUACAUUACACUAUAGCGCCAGUAAAUGCGGCAGCGCUGUACAGAUAUACAACCUAGAAAUGUUGACUUGGGGUGCCUUGGAAAAAUACUGAAAUAUUAAGGGCGCCUUGAACCUAAAGUUUGGGAACCACUGAAGGAACCCAUAAAUUUGUUACAAUUCAGUUAGUGAGAAAGUUCCUUGUGUAUUCCCUAUUUUGGCUAACUAUGGGUUUUCAAAUUUUAAGGAAAGGUUAGCUGGAAAAUUUUAUUUUGUUUUAUAUGAAAGGACCACUAUAGUCACCAGCAGAGUUAAUUUGGUCGACUAACAAUUUUCGCCGAAUAAAACAAACAAUUCAGAUUACUAAAAUAUAAAUAAAAGUAAAAUUCAAUUAGUUUUAGUCAAAAGAUUGACUAAAACUAAUUGAAAUGUGCUGCUAAAACUAACUCUGCACAAAGGGGCGAAAGACACAUCCAGAUGGGCUGGGGAAGGUGCAAAAGAGACAGAGGCUUUAAGCCCUUAAAGGGACAUUAUAGUCACCAGAACAACUACAGCUUAUUGCAUUUGUUAUGGUGAGUAGAAUCAUUACCUUCAGGCUUUUUGCUGUAAACACUGUGUUUUCAGAGAAAAUGCAGUGUUUACAUUACAACCUAGUGAUCACUUCACUGGCCACUCCUCAUAUAGCUGUUUAGAGAUCCUUCCUGGGUCAGGCCGCCUAAAAUGCAUCCAAACAUUUAGUAUCUCCUCCCUCUGCAUGCAGACACUUAACUGUCCUCAUAGAGAUUCAUUGAUUCAAUUAAUCUCUAUGAGGAGAUGCUGACUGGCCAGGGCUUGUGUUUGAAUCAUGCUGGCUCUGCCCCUGUUAUGCCUCUUUGUCAGUCUCAGCCAAUCCUAUGGGGAGGCAUUGUGAUUGGAUCAGGCUACUACUUCUGAUGAUGUCAGCAGACUGCUUUUUUUUUUUUUUUUUUUUGGGGGGGGCAAACCGCAUGCAGAUCUAAAGCUUCUGGCUUGAAUACAGUAAGAUUUUGGUGGAUGUGUUAAGGACACAUCUUCAGAAGUUUGUCUUACUCUGAAGGACACAAGCAAUUUUUGCAUUUUUUGUUGUUUGUGUUCGACUGCAAUUUGCAUCUCUUUUUUAGUGUACCAACACAUAUUAUAUCCUGUUUUUUUAGACGUCAAAAAGGCUUUAAUUUGAUAUAACCUAUAUAAAUCCUAAUUUAUUGCAAAAAAAAAAUGCAAAAUAGUGGAACCCCACCCCCACCAAAUAAAAUAGUUUCCUUCCUGAAGAGUGCAUAAUCUGUACAGCUUAGAAAAAGUUUAUACAAAAUCAAUUAAUUUAUGUGUCUUGAUUUACAGGGUACAUAAUAUGUGUAGGAUUUCAGUUUAUUUUGACAGUUACAGGUCACAAACUACAAGGUCUAAAAUAAAAUGUGAAACAAUUUUAGAAGUUGGUAUGCUUGUCUUGGAAGUUUAAUACCCAUCACAGAAAACAAAAUUGCCACACACAAGUAUAUAUUUAUAUAAAGUAUACAUCACAGGCUUUUUACCUAAGGUUAGUUUGACACUUUUUUUCCGUAGCCAUUUCACUGCCAAUUUCUGCUAAAUAUUGGAGUAAAAUUGUGUUGUGUUUUUCUCCGUUUUGGCAUGUUUACAUAUAACAAGGUUUUUGUAAUAUGUAUUUCGUAAAGCUGGUGUGUGUUAUUCUUGUACAGAAACCCAUGUUGUGUUGAGCUACAUCUGCAGACAACAACACUCUCUCCUUCAUUGUAUGCAUUUGCCACUAUUCUGUGAAGCUACAGUGCCAUAUGGAAUAACCUCAGGGACACAGUCAAAUCUUCAUUUUAAACUAAAAUCAUUUUAGAGAUCUAUGGUAAUAUACCUCAGCACAGAAUGCACCUGUCUUGGAUUAAAAUAUUUAUUACCUGUUAUGGAUUACAUUUGUGUGUGUGUGUGGUUUUUUUUUUUGUAAUAUUGUAACAAUGCAGGGGACCCAGGACAUAAUUGAAAACAAGAGAAAUCUCAAUGUAUCCAUCCUGGUAAAAUAUUUUAUAACUAAAUAUAGGAGACCAUGCUAUUUUUUAGUUUCUAUAGUUGGAAUUUUCAUAGAUGGUCCUAUUUCUGAUUUUAACCCCACAAAGGCCUUCCAUUUGAGAAAGCAGAUACUCCAGGGUAUAUUAUUAGGCAUAUAGUAUACCUUAACUUGCCACCAUUUUUUCGUCAAUUUAUUUCAAUUUGUGGAAUGCUCAGUUAACUCUUUUCAGUAAAGAGACUUGUCAAUUUCAGAUUUUUAACUAAAGCUCAUGUAAACACCUGUGUUUUCUCAGAAAAUACAGUGUUUACAUUGGAAGCUAGGAACACCUCCAGUUGCAGUCACUCAGACUGCCACCAGAGGGACUUUUGAGUUGAUGAAUGCAUAAUUCACAUUCAUCUUCACGCUUGGGUGAAGACCUCAAACGUGCUAUCAGCAGACUGGAGCUAGUGCCUCCUAUCUCCUGUAGAAACCCCGGAGCCGGUCAUCAACACAGCGUCGGCUCGAGCUGACAGGCUGAAGACCGGAGAGGAUUCAAACUGUAGGUAAACUUCUUUUGUGCCUGAGGGUGGGUGGUUGUCUGAGUGGGUAUGAGAGUGAGAAAGAGAUAGAUGGAGUGUGUAUGUUUAACAAUAUUUAUUUACAGUGUGUAUACAAACACUAUAUAGAUAUUUCUCUAUAGUGUUUGCAUACUUACUUUGGGCUGGAGGGUUGUCAUAGGAGGGGGCGGGCAUAGACAGCGAGCUGAGCUGGCAGUCAGCUCAACUUGCGACCAUGCACAUGCGCGGUAGAGCGCUCAGUUCUUUCAUAGAGCGGCAUUCAAUGCCGCUCUAUGAAGAACCUGAUUGGUGCAGCUCGAAGUCACGCAUGUGCACCAGAGCGCGAUGCCUCUUCUCAAAGAAAGGCGUCCUAUUGGGCCCUGUGAUGUCGUCAUUUUGACGAAAAAGGGGGCAUGGCCUGGCGAGCUCGGCGCUGGAACGGAGGUAAGUUUUAAUAAUAAAAAGGGCUCCAAUUUAUUUUUUAUUAGUUGGAAGUUUGUUUAAAAGCAAGAAAGAAGGCUUGGGGACCUGUUUUUCUUGCUUUUAUAUGUUGACUAUAGUGAUCCUUUAAGUGUGAAUUUUCAUAGAUGGUUUUGAUGGCUCCAUAUUCUGUUUUGAAAUAUUUUGACAGGCUGCUUAUUCCAACUACCCCAAAAAGGCAUACUAUUAACCAUAGACAUACAGGGUAUGUCAGACAGUAAAACAGUUAAAGACCACUGACAUAUCCUGUACGUCCGCGGCACAUAUGAGCGCUGGAAGCGAUCAUGAUCACUUCCAGCUGCUCUAAGGGUAUUGCAGCGUUGCUUCAAUUUUGAUGCAUCCUGCAAUACCCUCCCUCACUGCCGGGCCGCCGGGUGAUCACUUCCGGGUUACUCUACGUGGCGCCCGACAGUGAGGCAGAACAUCGGAAGCCAUCAGACAGGCUUCAAUGCUCUACCAGUGUGCUGAGUGCCUCGAGGGGUAGAGGCACUCAGUAAAAUAAAUGAAAUAUAAAUAUAUAUAUAUAUAUAUAUAUAUAUAUAUAUAUAUAUAUAUAUAUAUAUAUAUAUAUAUAUAUAUAUAUAUAUAUAUACCCCCCAGCACUCAGUAAAAUAAAUUUUAAAAAAUCUAUGUAUAUGUAAAUUACCCCCAUUCCCCCCUCUGCGAAAUAGGACCUCAUGGGCCAUGUGAUCACUCUGAAAGAACAGUCACAUGGCUGGAGGGUGGAUUUGAUUUUAAAUCAAACUGAUUUAAAUCACUAGUCAAUAAGGCUUGAUUUAAAUCAUAGUUUUCUACAUAAAGACUAAUUCUUGCUGGUAUAACUUUAAUAUGCAAGAUGAAGAUUUUUAGAAUAACAACUUUUCAUAUUAGUUUUUUUUUUUAUUCCCAGUUUAAUAGGUUAAUCAUUCAUAUUUGGACAACUUUUCUGUUGUACUUACGAAGGAGAAAAAUAAUCAUUACCUUAACAAUUUAAAUAGAUUUAUUCAACUGAAACAAUAACAUUACAGCAUAUGUUAUUUGCUUAAACAAACAUCCAUGUUUGUUAACUAAUUUGGCUAAACAAUAUAUAUAUAUUUUAAGAAACUUAAACUGUCAGCCCAGCCUACACAUGAAAAAUUUAAAGACUGUCCCCUGUAGCUCACUCAUCAAGCUUUCCUGUUUUAUCGGGUCCCAAACGAUUUCUCAAUUUAGAAUGAAUGAGUCCAAAGGAAGAGAAUAUUCUUUCAACACCAAACACCUGCAGAAGAAGCUACUGCUUUUAAAAGUCAAAUCAUUACUUGAACAGUCUCUAACUCCAAGUGCUUAAGUGACUUCCACCAGUUUACUGGUGUGACUUUCUUUAAAAUAUCUUCAGCAAACAUAUAUUUCUUGAAUGGUUCCCCCUUAGCUUUGAACUUUAUUAUAGUUGGCAUUACAGAUGGAUUAUUGCUGGAUACCCAUGUCAUAGCUAACUCCCCUUCCUCAGCACUUAAUUUUUGACCCUGGUACUGGAUAAUGACAAUAUUUGCCAAAAAAUGAGCUGGAGACAGUACUUGUCCCAUUCGUUUUUUUUAAUGCUUGUACUUUAAUUCUGUCCAUGUGUAGUUCUGUUUUUAAGUGUUCCUUCCAAAUUUCAACAGCAUCAGCAAUAAAACAGCUAUUUUUCUGUAUUUUGUUUAAAGCUUCAGAGAUGGGUUUCAGGAUGCUCAGCAAAUGUUCAACAUUUCUCUUAAGCCCAAUGUUGAGGAUUUUGGCCAUCUAUUUUAUCUUUAUUUUGUUCACAAACUGUCAUUAGAAUAGGCCAGUUUUUGAUAUACUGCUCAAAACAGCCCACCACAGAGUUCCAUCUAACAUCUAGUGGGAGCGUUAGCUUGGUUCCACCCAUCCUUUUCAGAGCUGCUGCAGCAAAAAGAUUGUUACGGAAGUAUUUAGCAAUUUCAACAACAUUAGUCUUUAUUUCUGGAACACUUAAGUCUUUGGCUAAGAGGUGCUGCAAAUGAGCACUGCAACCACAUGUUAUUAGCUUUGUAUUCCCUUCCUGCUCUUCUAAAUUUCUUCUCAUCUUGGAUACAUUUGCAGCAUUGUCUGUGACCAAACUGCGUACUAGACAUUUGAAUUUUUGUUCACAUGUUAUUAUAGCUUUUCCUGUCACUUCUUGUAAGUAUUCUGCUGUGUGUGCAUUUCCUGACAUAUCAAUUGUUUGUGCAAGGAAGACUUUCCCUUCUGCUGCUGUUAUACAAGCACAUACAAUAGGAUCAUUGUGGACAUUACUCCACCCAUCAAUACUUAGGUUAACAAUUCUACCCUCCAGAGCUGUUGCACAUUGCUUCAUUUCUCUGUCAUACACUUUAUCCAGCAAUUUCCCUGCAACAUCUGCUCUGCUGGGUGGACUGUAUCCUGGCCUCCGUGACUGAACCAUAUUAAUGAAAUGUGGGUUCUCAGUCAGACGGAAAGAAGAGUUCGUUGCUUGGAGUUAAGAGGCACAUGUUUGUCGAGCCCUGAUAUAGAGAGAGAGAUAUAUAUUAUAUUAUAUUAUAUUAUUUUUUUAAAGUGGGGAAAAAAAACUUUGUGUGUGUAUAUAUAUAUGUAUGUGUGUGUGUGUGUGUGUGUGUAUGUAAAAAUAACAGAUACAAUUCUUGUAAUACCUUUUUUAUUGGACUAACAGAAUUUUUUAAUGGCAAGCUUUUGGGAGAACCUCCCUUUUUCAAGUCUGAAGCAUUUCUGAGUAAAACAACACAUAUAAUUCAAAGUUGAGUUGUGAUACAGGGGUUAAAGUGACAUGAGUAGAUAAGACACAGGUUUGUUAGAAAAUAGACACCAUCUUAGCAGAGGGUCAUAAAUAUCUUGUUGAAGAGCAGAGUGAGGGGGGAGAGAGGGAAAAGAAAAACAAGCAGACAGUGCACAGGAUGGUACACUUUUUUAUAUAUACACACAUACACAGUUGCAAGAAAAAGUGUGUGAACCCUUUGGAAUGAUAUGGAUUUCUGCACAAAUUGGUCAUAAAAUGUGAUCUGAUCAUCAUCUAAGUCACAAUAGACAACCACAGUCUGCUUAAACUAAUAACACACACAUAAUGAAAUGUUGCCAUGUUUUUAUUGAACACACCAGGUAAACAUUCACAGUGCAGGUGGAAAAAGUAUGUGAACCCCUAGACUAAUGACAUCUCCAAGAGCUAAUUGGAGUGAGAUGUCAGCCAACUGGAGUCCAAUCAAUGAGAUGAGAUUGGAGGUGUUGGUUACAGCUGCCCUAUGAAAAAAACACACCAGUUCUGGGUUUGCUUUUCACAAGAAGCAUUGCCUGAUGUGAAUGAUGCCUCACACAAAAGAGCUCUCCGAAGACCUACGAUUAAGAAUUGUUGACUUGCAUAACGCUGGAAAGGGUUAUAAAAGUAUCUCCAAAAGCCUUGCUGUUAAUCAGUCCAUGGUAAGACAAAUUGUCUAUAAAUGGAGAAAGUUCAGCACUGCUGCUACUCUCCCUAGGAGUGGCCAUCCUGUAAAGAUGACUGCAAGAGCACAGCGCAGACUGCUCAGUGAGGUGAAGAAGAAUCCUAGAGUGUCAGCUAAAGACUUACAAAAGUCACUGGCAAAUGCUAACAUCCCUGUUAGCGAAUCUACAAUACGUAAAACACUAAACAAGAAUGGAUUUCAUGGGAGGAUACCACAGAGGAAGCCACUGCUGUCCAAACAAAACAUUGCUGCACGUUUACAGUUUGCACAAGAGCACCUGGAUGUUCCACAGCAGUACUGGCAAAAUAUUCUGUGGACAGAUGAAACCAAAGUUGAGUUGUUUGGAAGAAACACACAACACUAUGUGUGGCGAAAAAAAGGCACAGCACACCAACAUCAAAACCUCAUCCCAACUGUGAAGUAUGGUGGUGGGGGCAUCAUGGUUUGGGGCUGCUUUGCUGCGUCAGGGCCUGGACGGAUUGCUAUCAUCGAAGGAAAAAUGAAUUCCCAAGUUUAUCAAGACAUUUUGCAGGAGAACUUAAGGCCAUCUGUCUACCAGCUGAAGCUCAACAGAAGAUGGGUGUUGCAACAGGACAAUGACCCAAAGCAUAGAAGUAAAUCAACAACAGAAUGGCUUAAACAGAAGAAAAUACGCCUUCUGAAGUGGCCCAGUCAGAGUCCUGACCUCAACCCGAUUGAGAUGCUGUGGCAUGACCUCAAGAAAGCGAUUCACACCAGACAUCCCAAGAAUAUUGCUGAAGUGAAACCGUUCUGUAAAGAGGAAUGGUCAAGAAUUACUCCUGACCGUUGUGCAUGUCUGAUCUGCAGCUACAGUAAACAUUUGGUUGAAGUAAUUGCUGCCAAACGAGGUUCAACCAGUUAUUAAAUCCAAGGGUUCACAUACUUUUUCCACCUGCACUGUGAAUGUUUACAUGGUGUGUUCAAUAAAAAAACAUGGCAACAUUUCAUUCUUUGUGUGUUAUUAGUUUAAGCAGACUGUGAUUGUCCAUUGUUGUGACUUAGAUGAUCAGAUCACAUUUUAUGACCAAUUUGUGCAGACAUCCAUAUCAUUCCAAAGGGUUCACAUACUUUUUCUUGUGUGUGUGUGUGUGUGUGUGUGUGUAUAUUUACAAUUUUGAAACCGGGUGCUGCACUCACCUGAACAUGCAUAAAUGGGGUACUGCUGGGGGACAAUUUAUACAAUACACAAGAUCCAGCGCACUCACCUAUCCACUAAAUAGCAACUUCAGUGUUGACAGAUUUUUUUUUUUUUUUUGGUAAAAAAUAAUGGGGGUUUAGUUACAUUAUGAUCAUACAUUGCAUAAGCUUGCCAUCCCAUCUUUGGCAGGUCCUACUCUAACAGCCUAAUGUCUGCUCUUAUGAGAUUUUUACUUUGGGAAAAAUUUCCAGUUGGGGCUCUCUGCAGUACAAGGCUAAAUAGGGCCUUGGGAUGAGGCACCUGUGACAGGUACGUAGGUACGUACGUACGUACGUACAUACAUACAUACAUACAUACAUACAUGUAAUUUUAUUCUGUGUCUUGAGAGAGAGAGAGAGAGAGAGAGAUAUAUAUAUAUAUAUAUCUAUAUAUCUCUAUCUCUGUGUGUAUAUAUAAAGAAAAAUAGGUAAUAUACAUACGUCCAUAUACAUAAUUACAUAAAUAAUUUCAUAAAAAUACGCGAAGACUUUAAAUAUAUAAGUGUGUAUGUGUGUGUGUGUAUAUAUGUAUGUAUAUAUAUAUAUAUAUAUAUAUAUAUAUAUAUAUAUGUAUAUAUAUAUAUAUGUAUGUGUAUAUAUAUAUAUAUAUAUAUAUAUAUUUGAAAUUCUACGUGCAAAUUUACCGUAUAUUCUAGAGUAUUUGACGAGUUUUUCUGCACAUUUGUUGUGCUGAAAAUCCCCCAAUCGUCUUAUACUCGAGUCACUGUCUGUAUUGUGGCAACUUACAUUGCCAUAAUAUAGACAAGGACCGCCGGGCUAAUUACAAGGCUGGCAGUCCUGUUGGGGGCUGGCAGAGAGCUGUAACUUACCUUUCCUGCAGCUCCUGUCAGCUCCCUUCUCUCUCCUCUGGUCCGUCAGCUCCCCUGUCAACUCCCACUGUAAGUUUCGCGAGAGCUGCAGGAUUAGAGCGUUGCCACAGGUUACUGUGGCAAUGCUCCGCGUGGCACUCAGACCGCGAGACUUACAGGGGAGCUGACCGGACCGAAGGAGAGAGAUGGGAGCUGCAGGAAAGGUAAGUAACAACUCUCUGCCAGCCCCCCUCCUACACAGCCAAUGCCACUGGACCACCAAGGAAUGAGAGCCCCCUUCCCUGACAAUGUAUCAAGCAGGGAGGGGGGACAAAAAAAUAUAAAUACAAAUUUAUAUAAUAAAAUAAAUUAUAAAAAUGCCCACCCCCCACGAAUGCUCUGCAUUCAUACACACACACACACACUGCAUUAUAUACACACACAGCAUUCAUUAGCAAUUAAUAUAAUUUUUUGGGUAUAUAAUUUAGUUAGAAAUUUACCAGUAGCUGCUGCAUUUCCCACUCUAGUCCUAUACUAGAGUCUAUAAGUUUUCCCAGUAUUUGGGGGAAAAUUAGGGGUCUCGACUUAUAUUCGGGUCAACUUAUACUCGAGUAUAUACGGUAUGUAAUAUUUUUUUUUAGGGAUGCACCAAAAUUUCAGCUGAAAACUGGUCUAAUCUGCUGAAAACUACAACCCCUAACAUCCAAAUCCCUCUCCCAUAGUCCUCUCUGCCAAUACCCUAUCCCAAACCUCUCUAAUUCCAUGUUCCCUUGUCUGUGCCAUCUUCCUAGUUCCCUUGUCUCCUAGGUCUUGCUUUCUGGCCUUGAGCCUCUCUCAAACCUGCUCUUGGAUUCCUUGAGACCCAAUGGCCAUAAUUCUGCCUAAACUACCUGCUUUUCUUUUUCAAUACUUGGCUGUCCAUGUCUCUUUCGCUGGCUUGUUACCAAUCCUUCUAUCUGCUUCCUGCUCCACCUCACUUCCCUGCACGGUGAGAUGAAGAAAUGUACAAAUCCAGGCAGGCCCCACAGCCCUGACGUAGGCAUGAAACCCCCCCCUUUUUGCUGCUUGCAAUCGACUGCUCCGCCCGUCGAUCCUAUAGCCGGAAUGUACCACUCUGGAUUUGACCAAUUGGAGGGAGCUAGGGAGAGAUGAUUCAUGACCGGAAGAAACUUACUUUUCUCUCCCUGUCCUGCAAUGCAGGCUAGUUUGAUUGACAUUAUAAUAUCCUAAUAAGUUGUUGACUUUCUGUUUCCAAGGCAAUGGAAGGUUCAUUCCCCGUAUUCCCUUACUUAAAUCACAGCCCUAUACACUCUCUUAAAGGGACAAACCUACAUUUUGUUUUGCUUCAUCUGCAAUUUUACAAGGGGCUUAUUUGUUAAACACAGAAUUGUAGUGUAUUUAAAGCCAAAUUGUAACAGGUUAAUAUAUUUGGUGCACCAAUUUCUUUUUUCAAAAGAAAAGUAGGCACCAUAACCACUACAGGUACAGGUGUUCAAAUGGCACUGUCAAUUACUAAAUUGACCGGUUACCUGCGGUUAAUGCCCAGGGUCUACUGGCUGCAUUACCACUGCGGGGUGCUUUACUGGUCAUAGUGCUUAGUCUCCCCUAAAGAAACACUCUACCAUAACCACUACAUAAUUCUGUAGUGGUUAUGCUGCAAGAUCAGCCCUAGUGCCGACCCGUUAUCAGGGGAUUUUUCAGUACUUUGACUUCUGACUUCAGCCCUCUAACCACAGACUAUGGACCUUGGCUUUGAUAUAGGUUUUGUUUGUGGGGAGGUGGGUAUGGGGGACAGUUGGUGAAUUCUUCCUCUUGGUAUGGGUUUGCCACGUUCCCCAAUUACAAGUGUAAACUUUGAUUUCCAUAUGUGCAGUUAUUGACUCAAUAAAAUUAUAGAUAAAACAAUUUUAAAAUCUUUUGGGGAAAAUUAAUUUUCAGUUUCGUUUUUCCACCAAGGGCAUCCUGAAUUUUCGGUCUCAGACCAAAAUUUUCAUUUCGGUGCAUCCCUAAUAUUUUUACAUAAUUAAGUCAUUUUCUUGAUUGCAAUUUGGGGGACCUGCCUGACAACCCAGGCAGAAAGUCCAGAGAACUUAAAGCGGCACUGUCAUGCCGAAUCCUGUUUUUUUUUUUUUAACCCCCCUCCGGCCUCCACUACAUCUAACACCCUAGUCACCCCCAAAUGCCCCUAAGCCCCCCACAUUACCUAUUUUUUAUUCCUUAUUUUCUAGCCCCGAUCUUUAUUCAGGGCGCCGCCAUCUUUGUGUGGGUUGACGAAGUCCCUGUGGGACACGUCAUCAACUCACACUAGACAGACUGUGAGAUUCCCUCACAUGCCCAGUGAAACACCUGGACAUGCGAACGGGAAUUUCAUCUAUUCAUUCAUCAGACAGACAAAUGAGUGAAUAGAAAUAUCAGCCGAACAAACAAACACUGAGUAUCCGUGUAUCAGUGUUCGUUUGUUCGCUCCGUUUAUUACAAGGAGGGAGAUACCGGCACGCAGCUCCCUCCUUGUAAUAUGUAAAGAUAGAAGCGGCAGGGAGCAGUGCUCCCCACCACUUCAUAAGCCCCCUAGGUCCCCCUCACUCUAUGGGGGUCAAUAUGACCCCCAUAAUAGCACAAGGGAGAUUAAAAUCUCCCCAAUGCCCCUACUUGCUAUACCGCGAGUAGGUGCAUGUCCACUAAACAGUGAGCAGUCUGUUUUAAAAAAAAAAAAACUAUAGUUUCCUCGCGCGGGUGGGGGCCAUAAUGAUAAUGAGGGGGCCUACUGCCCCCCACCCCUGGGCGGCGGGUGCAAUUAAGCUAAGAACACUCUGGUGGGUUUAAGCCAAUCAGAGUGCUCUUUGUCAUUUUACACAGCGUGGGAAAAUUCAAAAGAACUUUCCCACGCUGUGUAAAAUGACAGAGCACUCUGAUGGCUUAAACCCACCAAUCAGAGUGUUCUUAGCCUAAUUGCAGGGCGGGGCAAGGCUUUAUAAGCCUUCUCCCACCCUGCGGAGCCCUCCACGGAUGAAGAUGGAUUAUUUUUUUGCGCUCUGGUUUUUUCUUUUUCGUCAGGUUGUUUUUUUUUUUUUUGCGCUCGGGAUUUUUAUUUUAUUUUCAAUUCGACAGUUAUGAUGGUUUUUUAUUUGGCCUUUUUUGGGACUGAAAAAUGAAGAUUUGAGAAAAGACGUUGAAUGGUAAGUUUAAUUUUAUUUUACAGGUUAGUUAUUUUAUUCCCCCCACUAUUUUUUUAGGGUGAGGGGUAGAUAGGGACUUUUUAUUUGGGUGGGUGACUAGGGGCUUGGGGGACACCUAGUCAUCUUGGUGGGGAGGGGGGAAAUUGACUUAGGGCCGGAGGGGGGUGGACAGUAUCAUUAUGGCCGCCACCCAGGGGUGGGGGCAGGAGGGGGGGUGGACAGUAGGUCCCCGUCCCCCCUCCCCUCCAUUAUCACUUGGCCGCCGCCCAGGGGUGGGGGGGGGGGGAGGACAGUAGGUGUCCCCCUCCACAUUAUCUUUAUGCGGCGGACGGGGGCCGGACCCUCCACAUUAUCUUUAUGCGGCGGACGGGGGCCGGAGGGUGGGUGGAGAGUUGGUGCCCCACCCACCCACCGCGCAGGGGUGGGGGCCGGGGGGGACGACAUUAGGUCUCCCCCCUGAUUUUACUUUAGGGCCCCCACCCGUCGUUUAGGGGUGCGGGCCAAUAGUUUUUUUUUUUUUUUUGUUUUUUGUUUUUUUUCAGUGAGCAGCCACAGGCUUCUCACUGUUUACCAGACAUGCCCCUACUCGCGGUAUAGCGAGUAGGGGCAUAUUAUUUACUAAUACUAAGUAAUUUUUACUUAGUAUUAGUAAAUGUGGCUGAAAGACCAAUUUAGGUCUUUCAGCCUUUUAGUAGAUAACUCCCUGAUACCGUGGGAAUUAGGGAGUUAUCUACUAAGCGGCUGCAAGAUGCAGCCACAGCAAUGAAUAGGAUCAGAGUUUCAUUCAUUAGAAUGAAAUUCCGAUCCGAAUAAAGUGCCGAAUUGCGUUCUAAAAGAAACGAACAUACUGUUGUCAUUCAGUUAGAACACAAUUCGGCAGUUUUGUGGAAAGUGACAGGAAGCAUUGUGGGAACACAGAGGAAAGGUAAGGAUCAUGGGAAAAUUGCUCUGACCAGCGGAAAUGAAGCACACUUUGCUCCUCCGCUGGUCAGAGCUGGUCAAGCGGAGGAAUCCUCCAUAAGGCAAAGAGUCCCUACUUUGUCUUAUGAAUUUUAAAGAAAACUAAAGAAGACAGGAAGAAAAGAAGAACAGAUCCUGAGAGAGGGGGAGAAGAGGAAGAGGAAGAGAUUGAGGAAAGGUAAGUUCGGCAUGACCGUGCCGCUUUAAUUUGCUAGCACUAUAUUUAACCUUGUACAUGGGGGGGCACUGUUUUACUCUGGAGACUUCACUGAACACAAAUAUUAGUGUUUAAAAAAUUUAAAUAUCACAUCAAUGAUAUUGUCAGUGAAACUGCACUUUCAUUUAUAUCCUUGUGAUAAGUUUCGAAACACUAAUAUUUGUGUUCAGCGAAGUCUCCCAAGUAUAACAGUACCCUCCCAUAUACGUGUUUUAUAGUGAUUUUUAAAAGUUAUAGAGUCAAAUAUAAGGCUUGAUUUUCACACUGAAAUUUGCUAGAUUGGUGGUUAUUAUUAUUAUUACUGCCAUUUAUAUAGCGCCAACAGAUUCCAUAGCGCUUUACAAUAUUAUGAGAGGGGGGAUUUAACUAUAAAUAGGACAAUUACAAGAAAACUUACAGGAACAAUAGGUUGAAGAGGACCUUGCUCAAUCGAGCUUACAGUCUAUAGGAGGUGGGAUAUAAGACACGUUAGCACAGGAAAUAUCAAUCAAAUAUGGUGGGAGUGAAGCAGAGCUGGAGGAGAGGGUAGAGAGAGCAAGAGACAGGUAUGUAACAAGAGUUAAGGAUGGAGGGUGCAAUAGUCAUCAACAAAGCUGUAAUACUGGAAAGAAAGAAAUACAAUUUAAAACAAAAAGUAGGAAAAAUAAGAAGUCCAGGUAUUCAAGGCGAUCAUCCAGAAAUGCUACCUCUGCUUUUGGCAAGUCCUGCAGGGAUGUGUGCUGUGAGUCCUGGGUGUAGCUGUUAUGUUGCCUUUGAGGCCGUAUGGUAGCCCAGGAAUGAGAAUUACCCCCACGAUGGCAUACCAUUUGCCAAAGAAGACAACCCAAAGUAUUGCAAAUGGGGUAUGUUCAGUCUUUUUUUAGUAGCCACUUAGUCACCAACACUGGCAAAGGUUGGCGUUCAUAAUAGUUUUUUGCAUUUUUAACACACAAACAAAUAUAAAUGCUAGUGUUUGUGACUAGGUGGCUACUAAAAAAAGACUGGACAUACCACAUAUUGAAUACCCUGGGUUGUCUACUUUAAAAAUAUGUACAUGUGAGAUGUGAUUCAAUAAUUUAUGACGUAUAACUGUUACAAUGGUUUACUUUUAAAAAAAUAUAUAUUUUGAAACCACAAUGUUUGACUGUUACUUGUACUUAUAGCCCUAUAACUUUCCCAAAAAAGCUCAGAACAUGUUAACGUUGGGUAUUUCAAACUAUUUAGCAAGGGUGUUUUUUGACGAUAAAAGAUGCGUAACAGAUUUUGGGGGUCAAUGUUAGAAAAAGUGUUUUAAAAAAAUAAAUAAAUCACAUUUUAUAACUUUUUUUUUUUAUGUGUGUGUAUGUGUAUAUAUAUAUAUAUAUAUAUAUAUAUGUGUGUGUGUGUAUAUAUAUAUAUUUAAUUAUGAUAUGAAAUCAAUGGUAUCUUUAAAAAGACCAUUUAAUGGCGAGGAAAGACUGUAUAUAAUGUGUGGGUACAGUAAAUGAGCAAGAGGAAAAUUACAAUUCUCAAAGAGGGCAUGGACUCUUGUUUAGCCUUUAAACCAAUUUAACAUUAAAUUGGUAGGACGGCAUCAGGGUACUACAGACACUAUAUAACCAUUUAAAUGAGAAGAAGCGAUCAAGGACUACUUAUCCCAACUACAGAAAGAAAUCCAAUGUGGAAAGAGAUAAAGAAAGAAGAGGAGGAAAUCCAAACAGACUAGAUACAAAACACAUCUUCUGUCUCUCAAAGAGUUGUUGGCCAAGAAAAAAAGGGGGGAAAAGAAGUCGAGUUAGUAUAAGAUGACGCUUUCAAACGCAGGCAGAGAAAAGUAGAUGAGAACGAAGCUACUCUAAGAGAAAUUGAAGGCGUUCCUAAGAGAUUGGCAGGAGAAUGUUGGAUGAUCCACACGAAAGGGAACAAAGAUAACAGAUAUUAAAAAGGGAGGACGAUCAAGGAAGGAUAAGUCUGCAGUGAGAGGCAAAACUAAAGCACUCCAUGCAAUAAAGGAGUAGUAUUUGGGAGGUAUAAUGAAUAGGAGAUGCAUUCAGCAUCUGAAUGACCGAAAGUUUGUGUUUUGAAUAGGAUGCCUCUGAUGAUACAACAAUUGACUAUAAUCCACUGUACAAAGAGUGUCACUUGGUUUCAUUGAAGGCCUAGAUGUUAAACAGAAGCGUGAAAAGUCCCAGUUCUGUGGUGAUCUGAUAGAAAAGAGAUGGACUCUGGAGGUCAAAGAGCAGAAAGUAGUAAAACUCCACAAAUUUAGGCAGAAUGAAACCAAAACGCACUGGAAUUACACACUGGUCUCAGAAAAAGCAGGAUGAAUUAACUGACAGAGACUGGCAUUUAUUCAGGGAGGACUACAGCUUAACCACAAAGGGUGGCAAGAUCCCCCAGACUGUGGAUUGAUUCUGCCUUCACAUAUCCUGGAAGUUGAUAAGGAACCAACACCUAUCCAAAGACCAGACAUUCCUAUUGGUUUACAGAACCAUGUCGAUAUUGGUGUGACUGAGACUGCAGCCUUCCUUAUUCCCUUGUUGGUCUGUAUCACAACACUGUCCAAAAUUGACAGGAUGGUAGAGUCUGACCAUAUGCAAUCUUUUUGGCUCGCACAGUAGGUUGAAGAGGAAACUACACUGCCUGGUUCCAAAAAAAGUCACACACUCUAAUAUUUGGUUGAACCACCUUUUAGCUUUGAUUACGGUGCGGAUUCGCUGUGGCAUUGUUUCGAUAAGAUUCUGCAAUGUCACAAGAUUUAUUUCCGUCCAGUGUUGCAUUCAUUUUUCAUAAAGAUCUUGUAUUGAUGAUGGGAGAGUCGGACCACUUUGCAAAGCAUUCUCCAGCACAUCCCAAAGAAUCUCAGUUGGGUUAAGGUCUGGCCAAUCCAUGUGUGAAAAUGUCUCAUGCUCCCUGGACCACUCUUCCAGAAUUUGAGCCCGAUGAAUCCUGGUAUUGUCAUCUUGGAAUAUGCCUGUGCCAUCAGGGAAGAAAAAAUCCAUUGAUGGAAUAACCCGGUAAUUCGGUAUAUUCAGGUAGUCAGCUGACCUCAUUAUUUGAGAACAUAAUGUUGCUGAACCUAGACCUGACCAACUGCAGCAACCUCAGAUCAUAGCACUGCCCCACAGACUUGUACAGUAGGCACUAGACAUGAUGGGUGCAUCACUUCAUCUGCCUCUCUUCUUACCCUGAUGUGCCCAUUACUGGUGGUUCCCCACUAUCCUUGCAGUUUUUAAUAAUGCUUUGGACAGUUCUUAACCCAAUUUUAGUAAUUUCUGCAAUCUCCUUAGAUAUUUUCUCUGCUUGAGGCAUGCCAAUGAUUUGACCCUUCUCAAACAGACUAACAUCUUUUCCAUUACCACAGGAUGUCUUUCAACAUGGUAUUUCAAAAAUGAGAAGCUACUCAUUGCAUCAGUUGAGGUUAAAUAGCUUGUUGCCAGCUGAAAAAUAAUUGCUCAUGCAGUAACUAUCUAAUAGGAGGCUAUUACCUAUUUUGAUUAGUUAAAUCCAGUUGGCAAAUUAAUUUUUUUUUUAUUUUUUUUGGCCAUGCAGUGUAUUGGGUUUGGAAAGACACCUGGAAUUCAUACAGUUACUGACAGAAGACCUAUCUCUUGAAGAUCAAGGCUGUGGGAUUGUGAUUGCCACUCCUGGUUGUCUGAUAGAUAUGCUGGAAAAUUGAUAUCUAAGUCGUUGCACAUAUGUGGUAAUGGCUGAAGUGGACUGUAUAUGGUAUUAGUUUUGGACGUUCUGUCCAUAGGAUCCUGGAGCACAUGCCUGUCACCAACCAGAACUCAGAUAUUCUAAUGCUUGACUGGGGUCUCUAAGGACCUCUUCCAACAGACCAGGCUGCAGCAGUUAUAACUAUUUCCUUAGGAGACCUUAUCUUCUGUAAAACAGUUAUUCUAGCCUUUCCCCUCUACUUUAGUCGAGACUGAAUGUAGGUAGUAGAAUGAUCUUUAUUGCACAGCACACCACUAUUUAUACACCGUAAUGUUGACUCUUCCUGCAUGGGGCCCUCCAUACAAUGCAAUGUACAGUACAAUUGUUCUCCCCAGCGCUAUUCUAUCUGGGGACUAAAUAAAAUUUUCCCAGCUAACACAAUUAGCUCCCUGUUGCGUCCUCACAGUCCUUGAAUCAGAGCCUAAAAAAGUCAGCCAGAACCACAUUUUCCUGUACCAUAUCCCCACACAAGAUAUAUGCCUGGAAAGCUUGCUAUCCAAAUAAUGCCCUGAUCGAAUAAUCCAUGCCAGAGUUAAAGCAUGUUGGAUAUUUUUUUAUUUUUUUUACCGGGUUGCAGCUAUUCUCUGAUCCGGCGAGGAUUUCCAAACUCACAAGAGAUUUUUGAAACUCUGGGGAAGGGAGCACUCUUAAGAUCCAGGUAUCCUCCCAUACCUCUCCUCCAAAUAGCGCUCUAUCUGGGGUUUGGGAAUCGAGCAAUACCCGCUUAAAGCUUUCCUGAGCGUGUGUGUGACCGUUCUUGAGCGUUUCAGGGUAUCUCCUGGUCCAGCUCUUGAUAGGUUAAGAGUCCAAGCGAUCUCCAAAGAUCCUCAAGUCCACCUGGGAUGCACUGUAAGCAUAUGCCAUAUCUCUCUCCCCCAUUACCCCAAGGUACCAGACCUCCAACCGGUCUGUGCUUGAUUUAGGGUAUCAAACCCCAAAAGGUCCUCUGGGCUGUUGGAGAGGGAAGCCAAACUCCCCCUGGAGUUUCUCCUGCAACUGGGGAGUGAAGAGUGCCACCAGGCAGUGGUGCUGCUGAUUGGCUAAGAUCGGUCAGCUGAUGCUCUCAACCAAUCACUCCCCAUUUAUAAAACUGGCUUAAAAAGAGUACAUUUCUUUCUUGAGGCAACUUCAGUGUUAAAUGGUUCGAGAGAGGUUUAACCCAUUGAGGUAAAAGUGCGCAAGGAGGCCUUCUGGCACCAUAACAAAUUCAUUUAUGCACUUGCUGGAGUUGCAGACCACAUACUCCCUGACCUGGCAGUGUCAUCCACAGGCUUCCCUGCAGAAUAUCUGUCAUUAGUCUGCAGCAGGGCUAAAACCCAGAAAAAUGUGCGUGCCAAGAACUAAAAGUUAUGCAAUAUGAAUUCCACACUCCUGAUUUUACUCUUUAUGUCACUAUAUUUUAAUGCUGGUUGUUUUUUUUUUGUUUGUUUUUUUUUUAGGCUGUGCACCACCCCCUGGAGCAUAUGAUGUAAAGAUUUCUGAUGGUCUUAAAGGACCUGUAUCGUUUGAAAAGUCUCAAAGAUUUAGAGCAAAAAAAGGUGAGAAUUUGAAAAAAAUUAAAUGAAAUAACUUGGUAGACACCAGAUCUGUUGCGAUGUAAUUUCAAGGCUUGUGUACUAUGGGUAGAUGUUUCUGGCAUUUGGAAAGUGAAUUUUUAACUAAUAACUCUUAUCUAUUUUAAGUCAUUCUGGUUUAACUGCUACAGAUAUAUGUUUAGAGGUAUUAAAGGGACACUCCGAGCAGUAUAUAAUCGUCACCAUUGCUUUGUUUUUUUUUAAAUUUAAUUUUGUUUUUCUUAUCUGAAGUAGAUUGUUUCCACUUAAUUAUAAUAAGGGUUACAUUUUGUUUUUUGUUUUACAUACAAGACUCAAACAGCGAUGGUCUGUUUAUGGAUAAAGAGGUCGAGUUCACUUCUCCAACCCGUUUACGAAAGUACUCCUCUCAUGGAUCAACUGUAAGUGUGUGUGUGUGUGUGUGUGUGUGUGUGUGUGUAUAUAUAUAUAUAUAUAUAUAUAUAUAUAUAUAUAUAUAUAUAUAUAUAUAUAUAUAUAUAUAUAUAUAUAUAUAUAUAAAAUUUAUUUUGAAGGGAACAAGCACAAUGUGGUUUAUAUGUCUAAACAUAUCUAUCUGUGUUUGUGUAGAUAGCAGCAUUUUUAUUAAAGCAACUAGGAAAAAAUGCUUUAUGGAUGGAGCAUGCACAGAGGGCUAUUUUGUCUUAAAAUGUUGAAUUUACAUGGAGUUCCCAACAAUUUGCCCUUUAGUGGAAAAAACCCUGAAAAAUGCAUAUAACAGUUGUAAUCAAGAUUAUUCAACCCCCAUUGAAAAUCAUCUUUAUUGUCAAGAUUUACAGACUUCGAGCUGUUUGUAAUAAACAAAUCAAACAAAAGCAUUUGAAAUAGCUCAACACAAUGAAUGCUUCAAGUAAUUUUCCCAAAUUCAACUAAAAAUGCAACUUAUGACUUCUCCAGUCUCAAAAUUAUUUAACCCCCUGAAUAUAAACCCUCACUCACUCAAGCACACCUGUUGCAACCAAUCAAGGGCUUCAUUAGUUGCACUAGGGGUGCUUGAGCUGGAGCAAUUGAAAUACCUGAACUGACUAGGGAUUUGUAGAGUGUCACGUUUGACUGCAUGUUAGAAAUAUGGUUUUAGUAAACACAGGAAGGUGCGUACUAAACGCAGGAGGUUUCCAUGCCAGAACUCCAAGGCGUACACCUCUACUGACCCAAAAGCACACAAGUCCGCUCCAAUUUGUUCAGAAUCCUAUUAAUAAGCCACAAAAAUUGGGGGAUUCUGUUCUGUGGAGUAAUGAAACAAAACCACAACUUUUCGGCCCAAUGCAUCAGCAGCAUGUCUGGAGGAAGAAAAUGAAGCAUACUCUGAAAAGAACAGUUAAGCAUGGUGGUGGCUCGAUAUUGCUCUGGGGCUACUUUGCAUUCUUUGGUACCUGCAGCGUGUGGAAGGCAAGAUGGAUUAAUUGAAGUAUCAGGAAAUCCUAGUAGAAAACGUCAUGCCAUCUGUGAAGAAGCUGGAGCUUAGGCAUAGUUAAACCUUUCAACAAAACCAUUAUCCUAAGCAUACCUUAAAAUUCCACCAAGGCUUGGUUGCAGAAGUAGUCCUGGAAAAUUCUGCAAUGGCAUCAGUCACCUAACUGGUGGGAUUUGAAGAAGGCAGUUGCAGCACACAAACCCAAGAAUAUCAAUGAAAAGGAGGCCAUUGCUCAUGAGCAAUGGGCUAAGAUUCCUCAGGAACGGUGCCAGAAGUUGGUGUUUGGCUAUGCAUUUCGUUUGUAGCAGGUCAUAACAGUAAAAGGGUGCUCUAGUAAGUACUAAAGAUACUUGCUGUGAAUGGGUUAAACAAUUUUGAGACUGUAGAAGUGAUUAUAAGAUGUAUUUUCAAUUGAAUAUGCGGAAACCACUUGAAGCAUUUUUUGUGUUAAAAGAUUUCAAUUACUUGCUUGAUUUGUUCAUUACAAACCGCUAAAAAUUCUGUACAUUUUGGCAAACCUGAUUUUCAAUGGUGUUGAAUAAUUUUUAUUAAAACUGUAUAUUUGAACUUGACUAUACAAUAUAGUAGCUUUUCUUGGAUGGCCAAAAGAUAACUCUUUUGCUGCUGUAAAAUUACGACUCCUAUAAUACUCCCAAGUGCUGGCCCUUUUUCUUCAUAAUGAUGAAGGGGGAAUUCUCUCUAGGUCUACUCUGACCACCACAUUCUCUGUUUUGAAUCUCUCCUGAGCAGGGCUGGACUGGGGAUACAAAGCAGCCCUGAAAAAAAAAUAAAAAUAAAUAUAUAUAUAUAUAUAUAUAUAUAUAUAUAUAUAUAUAUAUAUAUAUAUAUAUAUAUAUAUAUAUAUAUAUAUAUAUAUAUAUAUAUUUAUAUAUCUCUCCAACAAAGUCAUUGUGCUGUGUAUUGUAUGUAAUUAAAAAAUUUAUGUGUGUGUGUAUAUAUACACUUUUCAAUUGUCUCGGGUGGCAAGACAGCCUUACCUAUAAUUAUUGGUAUAUUUCUUCUUUUUCGAAGUCAAAAUAUUGGUCCUUUCAGAGUAAAACCUUUAACUAUACAGUAAUCAUACCCACAUAUAGACAAUCUCGCUGUCACAAGCUCAUUGAUGCACAGGCUCACAGACAGACCAUCUCAUUGAUAUACAUAUGCUCAUUGACUUAAAAACAUAGGCUCACUGACAAUCUCCCUGAUGCACACAGGCAAGCUUAUUGGUACACACAAACUGACAUGCAUAGGCGUAAUAUAGACAAGCUCAUGGUCACACACCCACAUGCUCCAUACAGAUAAGCUCAAUGACACAUACACAUGCUCAAUACAGACAAGCUCACUGAUACACACAUACACACACACACACACACACCCACCCCCCUACAAGCUCACUCAAUAGCAGACACACACACGCAGGAGCGGCCACACACACAUACUCACUCACUCACUAUCAGGCACACACUCACAAGCUCACUCACUCCCAGCUGGUAUACUGAGGUCUCCUUCUGCUAAACAUUCAUGCAGUGACUCGCAUACAAGCAAUCACAUUUAACCACUAGGAUUGGUACAGAAGGGAUUCUCCUGGAACCCUUUCUUUUGCAAGAGAAUUGGAAAAACUACCUGGCUGCUUCCCUUUCAUAAUUUCAGAGUCUUAUUGAUCUUGGCCUAUACAUUAACUUCUUGGUGGGGUAAAAAUAAACAAAAAUCUCUGCAUAUGUGGAGAUUGUUUUCCUAGGGGAUCAAACUAAAUAGGCUGACGAGGAGCACAGCAUGACACACUGUUAAGGGGUCUUGCAGAGGGGAGGAGAGGAAAGGGUCUAGUUAGCGCUGUUGAAAUAACCACAAACCACCCAAAUUGUCUCCCCGAUCUCAAGAAACCUCAUCAGACCUGACCCAACUCCCUCAUGUGUCAGUCUUUAUUUUAUUAAUGAGUGGUCUAAGCACAAUGGCACUGGGCUGUCCUGGAGGCCAUUAUUGUGAAGUUCCUCUUGUCCCAGGACUGUCUUUUCAUUUUCAUAUGGUUAUUGGGUCUCUUAUACUCAGAGCACAUCUUAGCACUGAGUGCUGGGUUCCAGUUUAAAAUGAUCUUACCUCUGAACACAAAGUCCACCUAAACAAUAUCACACAUUGUCCAUACUCAGACAUUUACUGAGACACAUCACCAGGUUCAGUCAUAGAUCACUCACUAGCAGACACACAUACACACUCACUGUCAUAGCUGAAGCUUACCUGGCACUGGUAGAUGAAGAUGCCAUUUUGUGGCCUCUUCCUUCAAGAGAGGUCAUCAAUGUGUGUGCGGGGGUGGAGCUUGUGUGCAUAAGGUGGGGCUUCCACCCAGGUGGCGGGACUUACUUGCAGGGGCUGGACAUGUGGCCAGAACUGAUGUCAGUUGUGCAGGGAGUGACGGGUUUGAUUGCGGCCGCACCAGCCCACAGCGCCUUCCUCUUGUCUCCCCUCGGACUGACGCAAGCUGGCACAGUCCGAGGGGAAAAUACUUAAAAGAGAUGAGCCUAAUGAUUUGGGCUGUUUGCCCAGCCCCAGGUCCCGGCGGCCCACCGGGAAAUUUCCCGGUAUCCCGGUGGGCCAGUCUGGCCCUGCUCCUGAGGCCAGUUCACUUCAGGACACACCAUUUGCUCUUUAGGGAUCGGUGUCUUCUCUGGCUCAAGGUAAUGCACCAGGUUAGUCUUUGAAAGCUUCCUGAGCUAAAACCUGGGAUAGCACACAGCACUGUCCCCUUUUACCACCAUGACCACUUCAGAAACUUGAACACACUGAAAAUCCAUGGAUGUCAUGGCAGCCUCUGCAUUGCCACUUUCAACAUCCAGUACUGACUUUAUUCUGGGGAAGCCACAGCUGAAUAUUUCCUCCUCUGCACUGUGACAUAGCAACCAACCUAUUGCCAAAGGACAAUGCCAUUGUACUCUAUCUCCUCUGCCUUCUUGCUGUAGGAUAAUGUACCAUUGAAUCCAUCUUAUAUGCCCCUGCAUAGUUUAGAUGAAUUCACCAAACAGGUGUGUAACCGUGUGUGGUUCCCUUAUUUACCACUAUAAUGUCUUAAAGCAUAGAACUUAGUAGGGCUAACCAUACAGAUAUCUUGGCCAUAAUUUUAUAUAGUGUAAGAGAUCCUCUAUUUAACAUAUAUAAAUAAUUGAGAAUACAAUAUAAAAUAAGGAUUGUCUUGGAAGCAAGAUUGUCUUUUUGGAUAUUUAUUAUAUAAAAAUAUAAAUAUAAAAUCCAUUAUAGCAGAGUUUAUAAGAUUAAAUUACAUGCUUGCAAAUAUCAUUAAUAGGUUAACAUACCCUUCUGAACAUGUCAUCAUGUCAGCCUCUCUGUCAUUUUAAGAUGGAGCAGCGUCUGUCUCCAAGUCUCUCCUCUGUGUCUUAACAUUUAAAAGUACACCUAUUUAUACCUUAGGUGUCUCCAUUUUAGGUUACUGUAGUUCAUAUAUGAAAAAGUAACACUUCUUUUACUUUAUUCAAUUUAGGACCUCCCUUAACUUGGCAAACAUACAAGGCCAUAACUAAAGGGUGCAUACGUCAUGGAAAUUUUCCUGACUUAGUUCAAGAUGGCAUCUUAAAGUCUGAAUAGGUUAUCUGUUGUUUAUACUAAGUCGUAAGUGUACAGUCGUGGGAGAUUCCCGGAUUUGGGGAAGUUCCAUUAACUUGGGGUUAUCACAGUAUAUUGUGUACUGCAAGUGUCGUAGUAUAGCCUUGAAGCUUGUUUAUGCAUUAUUGUUAUUGUAAUUCGUCUGGGACAAAAUGGCGCAAACAUAUUAUGCACUGGGGUUAUUGCCUAAAGGAACAGUUAUGAAAAACAAUAUGUUCCAUUUCUAACACCUUGUCAGUUUGCAAUAUCUCUUAAAGACAAAGUACACAGUUUAAGAAAUACAACAUUUCAUUCUAAAACUUGUAAUAUUUGCAUUUGCCCAUAACAGGUGUUUCAGUUUGUUUGCAUUAAAGCGUACUUUAAAAUAAAAGAAAAAGUUACAUGCGCUCUCUCCUAAAUCCCUAUGUAUAUUUAAACAAAUUGAGUUUUAGUUACUCCAAUGGCCAUUGGAGGGAAUGCCCGCCUGCCCAGUCAAGGCAAACCCCCUCAGGUGGGUCCUAUACUGACCUUUCACCUUGCUUCCUUGAGCUUCUGGCAAAAGUAUCUCUGAGACAGGGGUAUUUUUUAUAUGCACCCCUAUAUACUUGUUAAGCCUUAAUAGGGAACACAUAGGAUGGGCGGCAGCAUUAUAACCUAGCUGUGUGAUAAAAAGUGAAUACAAAUACGAAAAAACUAGUCCUGCAAUCACUCCUGGGCGGCAGCAACGACCACCGUACACAUCAGCAGACUUGUUUUUUCGUAUUUGUACUUUAAAAUAAACUGUCAUGGAAUGACUAUUUGUACAUUAAUCAGAAAAGAGUUAUUGAUCAAUAUGUUCUUUACAGCCAAACUUGAGACAGAAGCCUGAAAAGGAUCUAGAAUUUUUGAGAGAGAUAAAGAAACAGAAGAUGUUUGAAAAAGAGGUACAUUAUAUUUGUUGUACGUAAUUCCAUUUAAAGUAUAUUGUUCUUAUUCUCUGAUUACUGUAAGUAAAACAAUCACAGACCGAAGCAGUCUCAAUAAGUGGUUCACAGCUUUGUGUUUGUUUGUUUUUUUUUUUUUUUUUUUGUUUUUUAUUACUUUAAUAGUUUUUAAAUAAUUUCUAGAUGGAAACCUUCAUUUCAAUGCUGGGGUAUGUGUGUACAAUAUAUAAUAUAAUAUAAUUAUUUAUUUUAUAAUAUACGUUUUAUGUUCAGGAUUGGAUUAGUGAAUGGAAAAUUAUUGGGGGAGGGUUCUUUAAAUGAUACAGAACCAUCCAUUUUCAUUUAACUUGAAUCCAGGUCAUCUAGCAAAGCUUUAACAUGAAAGCACUGCAGGAUCCAUGGUAUACUCACCAGAGGUGAAUUUCUACUCACAAGCUAAUUUUUUACUCUACAAUGUCUAGUGGCAAGUUGAAAAUUUGAGUCUGGUCAACCUUUACGUGUAUAUUUUUUUUUUUUAUUAUUAUUUUUUAUAAACUUCGCUUUUUCUUUUGUUAAAUAUCUGGGUUAUUGCAGUAAUGUAGGUAUUGCAUCCAUAAACACAUUUGCAUUGUAAAUAUAAAAUGGGAAUAUUCUUGUUUCUUUUGGUUUACAGAUUCGCUCACUUUUGAAGGAACGUGCAGAGCAGGAUAAGAAACUGCUGGCUUUGGAGGAAGAAUUAAAAAAGACUGAAGUUAAACUGGUUACAGCUGUGCGGGAGAAAAGUUCCCUCUCUGCAAACAUUGCUUCUCUAGAACGACAGAUUGCUGACCUGAAAAAAGCAAACGAGCUCUUAAAAACUAAAGUAAAUACUUGUGCAGUGAUUUAGUCAAUAUAAAAUGUUUUUGUUUUUGUUUUUUUACUUUUGCCUGUAAGUGUUUUUUUUUUUUUUUUUUUUUUUUUUUGGUAAAGGCUGCAGCUCCUAACAUAACAUAUAGCCCAUAAGAACCAUUUGGCCCAUCUAGUCUUAUGCCUAUCCCAAGCAUGCUUAAACUCCCUCAAGGGUUAGCCUUCGGCUGGAAGGCUAUUCCAUGCAUCCAGUACCCUCUCAGUAAUGUAAUCCUUCCUGAUAUUAUUUUUAAACCUUUUGCCCCUCUAAUUUGACGGUCCUCUUGUUGUGGUAGUUUUUUUAUGCUUUUAAAUAUAGUCUCUUCCUUUACUGUGUUGAUUCCCUUUAUGUAUUUAAAUGUUUCUAUCAUAUACCCCCUGUCUCGUCUUUCCUCCAAGUUAUACAGGUUAAGAUCCUUUAACCUUUCCUUGUAAUUUUAACAAUUGCAAGGUCGUUUUCACUCACCCUCUGUUUCACUCCUCACAUAGGACAAGUUAAAUUGCUCAAUAAGCCGCUGUACAGAUGCUUUCAAUGUAUAUCCAACAUGGUUCAGAUUUGUGUGGAAGUGCAGCUUGGCUCUCUGGAGAUGAGCAAUCAUUCCAACUUCAUGUGCACAGAACUUGGUUGAUAUUUCCAUAAAAAGGAGAAAAAAAUGACUUAUUUACAUUUUGCAGUGACCGACAUUUGAAUUAUAGAGAAUAAAAUGUAUUAAGAAACUUCUAAGACUAAUUUAUUAUUGUCACUUUAAGUAAAAUACCACUUAUUCUCUUAGUUUUCUGAUGACAGCGCAAAGAAAAGAUUGAACAGUUUGUCUGCUGAGCUGAUGGAAACCAAAAAUAAAGUGGAUGCUAAAGACAAGGUUAGUGUACUUGUAAUUGUAAGUCCUUUUCUCAUAUAUCUUUUUUAUUGGUUUUGAGUAGUACUCCAGUGCAUAAUACAUUUGCUGACGCAGCAGCACAUUGACCAAGUACAGCAUUACCAGUUUGCAACACUCUUCAUACAUUAUAACCCGUACACUAUAACACGUAUAUUAUGUAUAUUAAUACAGUGCUGACUUUUGCUUCACUGCGACUUUGGGUUAUAUUGUUGCCUGUGUGACAGCUUGUUAGAAACAUCUUCGGCAUGGAACAUUGGUCACCUGUGCUCUCUAAGUUGGUGAGCCUACGUUGCCUAUAUACCUCUUUCAAAUCAUGCAGCCGGGUACAGGAAGAAAAAAAGAGUUAAGGGAAGGGUAACAUUCAACUUGAACUGUAACCUGUGUCCUACUUGACCUGGGUUUUGCAUGCUGUGCACACGGCUUUGGUUCCGCUACAGGACCUCUUGGUCACCAUGAUUCGUGGUCCUCCCUCCCCCCCCCCCAACUAUCCACCCUUUUUGCUACCUCCUCUUGAGUUGGAGGCAUUUCGUUUUUCCACUUUGAUGCUAUCGCAAUUUUGGCUGUCGUUAGUAUGUUUAUGGCAGUUAUGGUUGAUGAGUUUCUCGUUGGGUUGUUUGCGGGGAGCAUAUGGAGCAGGUAGUGUGCCGGAUUCAGUGGUAUUGUCAUGCUAGUGGCUUCGUGUAUGAGCUUUUGGACAGAAGUCCAGAACGGAGUUAUGGCUGGGCAUUCCCAAAAUAUGUGUAGCAGCGACCCUGGUGUGCGUUUGCACCUCCAGCACAACGGGGAGGUGUUGGGGAACAUCCUAGCCAGUCUUAGGGGGGCUAAAUACCAGCGCAUUGCAAUUUUGCAAUAUGCUUCCCAUAGUGACAAGCUUUUGGACGCUCGUUUAGUGAUGUGAAAGGCUUCAUGCCAUUGUUGUAUAGUGAGUGAUUCCCAUAUGUCUUCUUCCCAUUUUUCCAUAUAAGAGAGUUUGUGGGCGGAUUUCCCUCUUUCUAGUGCAUUAUAGCAUAAGGCUAGAGGUUUGAUAGAGCGGGAUGUCAAAAUGUACCGGGCAGAAGGUGUUUCUAGUUGUUGUGUGGGUGCUGCUGAUUUGGUGCAUGUCUGUAGUAUGUUCUUGACCCUUAGGUAUUUGAAUAUGUCCCUUGAGUUUAGGGAGAAUUCGCUUUGCAGGGUAGGGAAUCCUUUCAGCCUGUUUUGGUCAUAUAAAUCCCUUAUUUUACGUAUCCCUAGAGCUGACCAUGUCUGGAGCGAGAGGUCAGGUGAACUAGCCUGCAGUGCUGUGAGUGGUGCUUCCUUAAGUAGUGUUUGUGUGUCUAUUACCUCUGAGGCCCAUUGUUUCCAAGUAUUCAGUGUGUUUUUUGUGCACCAUAGUGCGUCCUUCCCCAUGUUCUUUGGUUUGUGUGACCAGAGGGCAUUGGGCAUAGUGGACGGGUAUAUGCAGGCAUCCUCGUGAGCCAACCAUAGAGGGGUUUGUUCUGCGCCUGAGGUUCUAAUUAAUCGUAGACCUUGUGCUAGUAGAGAUGCUCGAUAAUAGUUGCGGAUGUCCUGGAUACCUAAACCUCCUCUCUUGUAUGGUAGGCUAAGUUUGGCGGUGGCUAGUCUAGGAGGCUUCCUUUUCCAUAUAUGGGUCGUUAAUGAUAGUUUGGAAUCUUUUCAGCAGUUUGGCCGACAGUGGUAUGGGAAGUGUGCGGAAGAGAGAGAGCACGUGUGGCAGAACCAUCAUUUUAAUGGUAUUAAUGCGUCCCAGCCAUGAUACUUCCAACCUCUCCCAUCUACUCAUUUGGGAUGUUAGUUUGUGGAUCAUAGGUGUGUGGUUUUCUGUGGUUAGGGAGUGUACGGUCUUUGUCAGUUUUAUCCCUAAGUAUUGGAUCGAUUUAGUUCACCAUUCGAAUGUAUGUGUCUCCUCCAAUGUAUUAAUUGUGGCUCUUGGUAGUUGAAUGGGGAGUGCCUGGGUCUUGGCUGCAUUAUUUUUGUAGUAUGACACUAAGCCAUACGCGUUCACCGUUUGUCUAAGGGCUGGGAUACAUCUACCGAGUCUGUCAGAAAUACUAGUAUGUCAACUGCGAAUAGGGCUAAUUUGUGAUCGCCUGCAGGGGUGUCGAGCCCUCAGAUUAAUGGAUUGUGUUUAAUGUUAUAGAUCAGGGCCUGCAAACGUAGGAUAAAGAUGAGUGGGGAGAGGGGGCAUCCUUGGCGUGUGCCAUUGCGGAUGUGGAAAGAUUUAUAGAGGAAUCCUGUAUUAUAGAUCUUUGCUGAAGGGCAGCUAUAUAGUGCCAGGAUACUAGUUAUAAAGGGUUGGGGAAAUCCCAUAGUUUCAAGUAUUUUUUUUUUAUUUUAUUUUUUUUCAUGUAUUUCCAGUUCAGGCGGUCGAACGCUUUUUCAGCGUCGAGUGCUAAGAGGAGCCCCUGCUGGUUUGAUGUGUGUGCCCAUUCUACUAGAUUGAUGAAGUGCCUGGUGUUGUCUCCCACCUGCCUUCCGGGGUCAAACCCUGUUUGCUUCUUCGAGGCUAGUUUUGGUAGGAAUGGUUUUAUCCUGUUUGCUAACAGCUUAGCGUAGAGUUUUAUAUCGGCAUUUAGUAGGGAGAUAGGUCGGAGGUUAGCACAUAGUGUAGGGGUUUUAUUGGGUUUAGGAAGAGUCACUAUAUGGGUUUCUAGCAUUUCUGGCCGGACUUCUCCUAUUUCUUUUAUGUGAUGGAAGAGUUUGGUAAGUUGUGGGGACAAGGUAUCUCCAAAUUUGUGGUUGUAGUAAUUUGUUAACCCAUCUGGGCCCUGUGCUUUGUGUCUUGGUAAUGACGCUAUCAAGGAACGAAUCUCUUCGUCCGUGAAUGGCCUCUCUAAAGAGACUUUCUGUUCUGGGGUGAGGGUCUGGAGGGUAGUAUUGUUAAAGACUUGUAUGUCCCCCUCUGUGGGCUGGUGUGUAUUUCGGUCCCUGUCGAGCUGAUAAAGUGUUGCAUAAUAGGAGGCUAAUUCCUCCACCAUAUCUUGAGGGUUGUAUAAUUUGUCGCCUUUUGCAGAUGUAAUGUAUGGACGUUUAGUGGUUUGAUAUCUCCUUUUAAGCCUCCUAGCUAACAAUGUCGCUGCUUUAUUGCCUCCAACAUAAUGGAUUUGUUUAAAAUAGCGCAUGUGUCUUUCAGUGGUGUUUAGGGCUAAGGCAUGUAGUUGCAAUCUUAUUUGUUCCAGCUGUUUCUGGGUAUGGUUUUUUUGGGUUUUUGUUUGUGUGUGGCUUCUAAGCUAGUGAGUUUUUUGUUAGCAGCUCAGCUUUCUGUGAGCAUACCCAUCUUUUGCUGCUGGCUCCCAUUUGAAUGAGCGCCCCUCUUAUGACCACCUUGUGCGUUACCCACUGAGUCGUAAUGGCCGUCAUGCAAUCUACAUAAUUGGCGAAAAAGUCAUUGAUCUGUCUUUCUAUAUUUUUGGAGUUAUCUGUAUUAUCCACCAGAGCUUCAUUUAUUCGCCACGUGCCUCUACCACGAGCCGGGUACGGGACGCGAAGCGUAACCGUAAGCAGCGCGUGAUCGGACCAUGUUAUUGGACCUAUAGAGAUCUCAGUGAGGUGUGUUAGAGUACUUUUGUCGAUGAGGCACAGGUCUAUCCUAGAAUAGGUCAUGUGGACCGGGGAGUAAUAUGUGUAGUCCCUAUCUCCAGGGUAGAGGCAUCUCCAUGAUUCAUAUAAAUCAUGUAUCAGGAGUAGCUUGGUCAGGUGCUGUCCUAGUGAGAUGGAUGUCCUUUUAGGGGCUUUAUUCCCUGUUCGUCUCAUGUCCAUGUGCGGGUCAGUUGUGCAGUUAAAGUCACCGCAUAGGAUUACAUGUCCACAUUUGUAUCUGUCUAGUUUAUUCAUUGCCGAGGUAAGGAAGGAUUUUUGGUCCUCAUUGGGGUGCGUAUAGUGAGGCUAUAGUGAUCUCUAUGCCAUUUAAAGAUUCCACCAAUAUGAGUAGUCGACCAUCCCUGCUUGCGUGUUUUUUGCUCAUCGUGAAUACCCAGUCAUCAUUGAAAAAUAUAGAAACCCCCUCUAGAUUUUGUUGGGGAAAGUGCGUGAAAGGCCUGCGUAUAUUGUUUAACCGAAAUUUUCGGUGGGUUGCAUCUACAAAAGCGGCUUUCCUGCAGAAAGGCUAUCUCCGCUUUGUACUAGCGUAGUUCCUGCGCUGCUAACCUUCGUUUAUGGGGGCUAUUAAGGCCUUUGACGUUAAGGGAGAGCAAUUUCAAUGAGUUAAUCAUUGAAUUUGGGAUUCUGGGGAAAAAAAAUUUCGGCUGGUGCUAGGCGCUCUAUGAGGGAGGUUUCUAUGGUACCGUGUGUCGGUGCGUAGCGGUUUCCGGACUGCGUUCUGAGAGUGUUGGAUUGGGUGCACACAAUGUGAUCAUAUCCACAGGAUAUCAGGCAGUACAACCAGGUAUUGGACAGUGGUAGAAACGUAAACAUAAGCAAAAACAUGUAAACAAAGUAUGUACAAGGUGCCCCUUUGGUUGUGGUCAUUCUACGCGGUUGGCCUGUGGUCCAUGCCGGGACCGGGCAGCAGGUCAACCUGGGUGGCGUGAUCUGAGGAGAGCAGCCGUGUCAACGACCCUUUAAACAUGGUGUGAAACAUAAGACUUCUUUGAUGUGUAGGACCUUUUGUGUGUUUUUUUUUUUUUUUUUUUUUUUUUUUUGUUCGUUAAUUAUGUGUCGCCUUGCUCAGGGCCUGUGUGUAUACUCCUGUGGAGUUGGUUUCUGAGACCUCUGAGGUGUGUCGUGUCAGUGCGGCAAAGCGUGUCAGUGCAUACAUACAUAUUGGCAUCACUUCAGUUGGGGGAUUUCACACACAGUCCUGGUCCUUCAUGUACUGCAAGCAAUGAGUCCCGUUAUAUAUCUUGUUGUAGUUGUUGUGGCCUGGGCGAGCCCGCCAUAUGCCAUUCCGUCGACAGCUGACAGCUAUUGGGGCAUCUUAGGCCUUUGUGCAGGAGAGUCUUGGGUCUUGAAUAGUCCCCAGUCUCGGAAAAGUUGCAGGCCUUCAGCUGGUUCCUCGAUGUUAUGGUGUUUGUUACGUAUAUUGUGGUUACGUAGUGUUUUUGUGACAGAGAUUAAUUCUUGUCUUCUUUCCAUGAUAAGCGCCAAUAAAUCUGCGUACAAUUGGAUGCAUUGGUACGGUUCCGGGAGAAGUUGCUGUUUGCGUGCCGCGGUUAUCAAUGCUUCCUUUGAUUUAAAGUAGUGGAAUCUGACCACCGCGUCCCUUGGUGUAUCUGUUGUGAAACGCGGGGGUCUAGGGAUGCGGUGGGCCCGGUCCAUGAGCCACCUGUCUUUUUCUAUGGCCGGUGCUAGAGUAGUGCAAAGGUUUGUGAUGUAGUCAGGGAGAGCAUCGUGGGUAAUGCUAUCUGGGAUUCCCCGGAAUCUUACAUUAUUCCGCCUGGAGCGGUCUUCUAUGUCUGCCGUUUUCCUCUUUAGGAGCAUGUGCUCUUCACGGAGCGAUCGCAGUUGCUCUGCAAAAUCAUUUUGUGUGGCGCAUAUUUCCUCCGUCCGCACUUCCAGGCGGUCCGUGCGCUCUCCAAUGUCGGCCAAUUCCCGCUUAAAUUCUGCAGUCAUUUGUUUCAUGUCCGCAUUCAAAGUUGUUCCUAGAUCUUGCAGAAUAAUAAACAGCCUUUUUUCAGUGGCUGGUGCUUCCACAGGAGGUUGUGUCAGUGUCUUGUGGCUGGUCUGGGACAGAAGAGAGGCCCAUGCUGUCGUCGCCAUCUUGCAGAGACCUGCUCUUAUCUUUUUUGGCUGUUCUUAUCUGGUCAGUCAUCUUCAUUUGCUUGGACGGGGCCAUGCCGUUGGUACCUGUUGGCGGGUAAGCUUGUACCGGGUGUCUGGUCGCCUUAUUUGCUUAAUAUGAAGCGUUUGGAUCCGUUGCGGCCGGGAGCUCCUACUCUAUGCGACUGCUCGCAUCGGCUGUCAGACACGCCCCCCUUAAUUGUAAGUCUGCAUGUAAUUAUAUUGUAACCGCUGGUGGUUCCCUUAUUUACCACUAUAAUGUCUUAAAGCAUAGAACUUAGUAGGGCUAACCAUACAGAUAUCUUAGCCAUAAUUUUAUAUAGUGUAAGAGAUCCUCUAUUUAACAUAUAUAAAUAAUUGAGAAUACAAUAUAAAAUAAGGAUUGUCUUGGAAGCAAGAUUGUCUUUUUGGAUAUUUAUUAUAUAAAAAUAUAAAAUCCAUUAUAGCAGAGUUUAUAAGAUUAAAUUACAUGAUUGCAAAUAUCAUUAAUAGGUUAACAUACCCUUCUGAACAUGUCAUCAUGUCAGCCUCUCUGUCAUUUUAAGAUGGAGCAGCGUCUGUCUCCAAGUCUCUCCUCUGUUUCUUAACGUUUAAAAGUACACCUAUUUAUACCUUAGGUGUCAUCAUUUUAGAGUUACCAUAGUUCAUAUGUGAAAAAGUACCACUUCUUUUACUUUAUUCAUUUUAGGACCUCCCUUAACUUGGCAAACAUACAAGGCCAUAACUAAAGGGUGUAUACGUCACGGAAAUUUUCCGGACUUAGUUCAAGAUGGCAUCUUAAAGUCUAAAUAGGUUAUCUGUUGUUUAUACUAAGUCGUAAGUGUACAGUCGUGGGAGAUUCCCGGAUUUGGGGAAGUUCCAUUAACUUGGGGUUACCACAGUAUAUUGUGUACUGCAAGAGUCGUAGUAUAGCCUUGAAGCUUGUUUAUGCAUUAUUGUUAUUGUAAUUCGUCUGGGACAAAAUGGCGCAAACAUAUUAUGCACUGAGGUUAUUGCUUAAAGAAACAGUUAUGAAAAACAAUAUGUUCCAUUUCUAACACCUUGUCAGUUUGCAAUAUCUCUUAAAGACAAAGUACACAGUUUAAGAAAUACAACAUUUCAUUCUAAAACUUGUAAUAUUUGCAUUUGCCUGUAACAAUAUUCUACCAAAUAUCUAAUAUUCAACACUGCAUAAUUUGUUUCUGACACUGUUUAAAUUGGACUGGUUUUGAAAAUCGUUCUUUAAGGACAACAGUCACCUCAAAACUUGUAUUUUAUUUCAUCCAGAUUGAAAUGCAAAUAGAUUUUUUUGUCAUAUACUGAAAGAUGUGAUGAGUUAUGUGUUUGUGUUUUUUAUAUGUUAAAAACUUUACUUUCAAAACUUGAUGAAAUGUUCUAUUAAAAACCAUUUUGAGCUGACUGUUGUCCUAUAAUGGGAUUUGAUAUAUUGUAAUGUACCAAGUGUGCUAUAUUUUAAUCUGCAUGAGAAUGUUAGACAUCAGUUUAUUAAUGUAACACUCUGUCAUACUUGGUAAGCAAACCUAUAGGGCAACACACAUUAAAGGACAACUGUUACCUUCAACCUGUUAUUUGAUAUAAUUCUUCACUAAGUUUUGAAAGGAAAUAGAUCUUUAUUUUUUUAUUAUUCUAUCAAAUGGAGUAUAUUCUCCACAGUUAGUCUCCAUGGUUUUCCCUUCAAAUAAGCAGGGAUGACCAUUGAGACCAGGUUUUUUGAGCACUGUUUGACCCAAGGUGCAUGUAUAUGGCUGAAGGAUCCACACUGUAUCGUGCAGUGAUGGCACCCAUUAAUUUAAUUGCAGACUUUUCUCCACACUCUUCUUAAACGUGUCCAGUCAUAAAAGGUAUGUGUAUGCAUAUAAAAUAUGUAAUCAUUUGUGUAUAGAACUCUAACUGAAUACAGACAGGGAUGUUGGUGUCCCUUAAAAAGUGAGCUUGUUUACUGACUGAGGAGAAUGUUGGGCAUUGUCACAAGCUCACACUACUCAAAGUGUGUCAAAACUUGGUUCUGAUUAUUCAAAUUCAGUAUCGGUCUGCACUGGUUUAAAAAUGAUAAAAACAAUCCUACUGAAAGGACUGUCACCUCAACACUAUAUUUUUAAAGGAUCAUAGUGUCAGGAAAUCUUGUUUUCCUGACACUAUUAUCCUUAUUUCCCCCCCUCCCUCAUGGCCCUCCUCCCCCUGGUUAAAACCCCUUCAGCCACUUAACUUUAUCCAGCGCCGAGCUUCCGCGGUGCUGGUGACCUCUCCUCCACCUCAGACGUCCGCUCCCGAGUGGAGCAGCAUGCGCAGCAAAAAACGCGCGCAUUAAAAACACCCAUAGGAAAGCAUUUCUCAAUUUUUCACCAUUAGCGAGGACACUAGACCACCAGGGAAACAAAGUUCUUAUUAACCCCCUCUCUGAGUAUAAUUUUUUUUGGGGGGGGAGGGAGGGAGGGGCGAGUUGGAUCUUGGGUGAGUUCCCACCCUUUUUUUUUUAUUUUUUUUUAUUUAUUUUUUUUCAGGACUUGACCCUUGAAUCUAACACACAUAUUAUAUACAAAUCGUGAACAUUACAGGGGCGGGGCAUGCCUGCCAAUCGAGACAGUAGCAUGGAGCUGGAGCUCCUCCGGUAAAUCUUUUAUAAAGACCGAAAUUGAGCAAUUUUGCUCUUUUAUUUUAUUUUUUUUAAUUUUUGGGGGGCAGUAUUCAUGUUUAUAAUACCGGGGAGUACUCAGCUGUUCAAUAGUUAUUUUUGUCGGUGGCUACAGAGAUUUCAAUGUGGCCUGCAGUUUCAAUCAGGAGUGUAGAGGAGGACGAUCUUCAGGCUUGAGUUGGAGCUAGCUAACAAAGAGCCCUGUUUAUCCCCCCCCCCUUCUUCACUGGUGGGGAAUAUCCUGGUCCCCACUGGUGGUACUAGUGAAUCUUAGCGGUAAGCCAGACAACAAUAACGACACCACUGGUGACUUGAAGGGUUGAGGCCUAGGAGUUACAAUGGCUGACCUGCAUGAGAUUCAGUUCCUCCUGGCUUUUGAUUGCUCUGAGAUCAGAGACUUGCCUCUCCUCCUGAUGGCAGUCAAAGCCCCACAAAGUCGUCCUGUCCAUCGACAUGGCUUACUUACUCGUCUUCAGCGGUUCCCCAAAGGGACUCUGCAGAGAAGAAGGCGUGCAAAGAUACUGCGGAGGUCGGUAAUUGGACUCCCCUCGACCCGCCUGGAGUGACGUACAGUUAGUCACCCCCAGCACUGCCUGCCUAACCCCACGCAAUCUGGCCUAUACGAACCAGGGGCUGCUACAACAAGCUCCGAUGACCACCCUGGGAAAAAUAUUACUGCACUGUCUGGUGGCCAGGAUUGGAUGGAGGCGCCUUCAUAACAUGGCUGACUGUAGCAGCAGGGAUUCACCAUCUCUCAACAUCGUCUGAGCAAUCCUCAUGCCCUUUAUGUAGUCUAGUAGUUUCUGAGACUAUGUUGUUUUAACCUGUCUUACUAGCGGACUACAAUAGUCUACUCUACUUACCCAGUGGUAUCUCUUCCCAGAAAUGUUCCUUAGCCCUGUUCUAUUAUACUCUUUCUUUUCUCUUUCUUUUUGCCUCCUAGAAUAAUGCUUCUGGUGUCUUCUUCAUUUAGUUCCAUCGACAACACCUCCUGUUUGUGUCACUCACAAAACCUUUGUUGUAAUGUCUAUGAAAGCAUGUAUGCAAUGCAAAAAUAAAGCAUUAUAAAAAAAAAAGUGAACAUUACAUUCAAACAUACCCCUGCAAUCAAACACUAAAAUUAUAUACAAGCAACCCUUCAAUCAAACACCAACAAUAUACAUUGUAUUAUAGAGCCAGUAUAUGCCACAGUUAUACAACCUAGAAAUUUGUUUUGACUUGGGGUGCCUUGGAAAAAUAUUUAAGUAUUGGGUUGCCUGGAACCUAAAAAGUUUGGGAACCACUGAGAUAACCUUUCAGCCUGUAACAGCCACAAUUAUUGGUAUGGCUAGAAGGACAUGUGUAAUCUGUGCCUUAGCCAUAUCUUUAGAAAGGGGGGGAGGCCGCAUGGGAACUAUAGUGCUAUAAAUACAACUUUUAUACUCUUAGCAAUGUAGUAUCCCUUUUAAUGUGCACUUCUACUGGUGAGCUAGCGACUAGAUCUUUAUGUCUUUAGAUAAAUUUGUAUGUGUAGUGACUGCAGUUAUGUGCAUUGUCACAUUCAAAAAAAAUAUCUAAUAUAUGCGUUAAUCAUAGAAAUUCAGAAGUUAUUUUAAUAUGACAAUAGCACAAUAAACAAACAAGCAUUUUAUGAACUAACCUGCAUAUAAAUUUAUAAUACUAGUACCAUAACAAAUAUUUUGUUUGAUCUAGUAUACUUUUUUUUUUUUCUUUAACUUGUUUUGCAGGAAUUAAGUUGUCUCCAAGUAACCUUCGAAAAACAGAUUACUUUACUUAAAAAGGAUUUGGAAUGUUCUACAACAACUUUAGAGGCUCUCAUGGAAAACAAAGUAUUUCUGGGUAAGACUUGUAAACUUUGGGUGGCCAGUACUGUCUUUAGUAUUUGCCAUCUGUUGCAGAGCUCCAAUACUCUGGCUGAGUAUCUCUGCUAAAGUCCAUUCAGUCUGGAAGAAAUGCUGCUUCAGCGAUCAUAGCCCACCUUCACAAGCACUAGAUGCCACUUAGUGAUGGGGAGAACAACAGCUUUUAUUGAAAACCGCACAUCUAUUUAUGUCCCCACAGCCUCAUUUACAUAUAUAGUUGCACAGGCUGAAGUUCAGCCUUCUUCACAUUUGUUUUUUGCUGUUGAUCCAAAAGAAGACUAAAUUAAAGACACUUUGAAGCACUUCCAAACUUGCCACAAACUAAACUAGGGAAAAAAAUCCUUCUUGACCCCAGAAUUGCAGUCAGAUUUAUACAAUAGGGUUACAGUACUACCCAAUAUCCAUAUACAGUAGGGAUGACAUGUGUACACGUAAUAAUUAGCACUUAUUGUAAUAGAUUGAAGAAAUACUUUUAUGUUGUUGGUACAAUUUGUUGUAUGGUGAUUGUUUGUUUAUAUUUGCAUAUAUAGCCUUGCUUAUUGGUUUUUUUGAGGAUGUUCUAAUCCAUUUAGUAAAAUGCAAUUAUUUAUUAUCUUGUAUUGAUUCUAACUGCAAAGACCUGCUUUUGAAAAAAAAAAUUUGUUCAUUAUCCGGUCUCUGUUUUCAGAGGAGAACCAUCAUGUAGCAAAUAUGCAAUGUGAAAGCUUGCAGAAGGAGCUGGACCAAGCACAGAGUAAGAUUUAUUUUUAUUUAUUUUCUUUAUUCCCACUUAUUUUUUAUUUAUUUUUUAAGCAACAAUGUUGUGCAGAGUUAUGUUAGUGACUUUGCACUCAGCCAUAUCAUUUAAAAUGGGUUUUAUCAUGCAUUUAUGACCUGUUACAAAGCAGAAAGAAACCCAAAUCAUCAAUGCAGUGUUUGCUCUUCUUUUUGAUUACCAAUCAAUUCAAUAAUGAUAAAGCGAUGUUCAUCAGGUUUUGCCUUGACAUUAUAUAAAUAUUUUUUAAAAGCCUUUAGUCCAAAUUAAUUGAAAAUUCACACCAAGUACCGCAAUUAGUACCUUGAGUUCCACCAGGAUUAUCUUAAAGGACCACUAUAGUGCCAGGAAAACAUACUUUUUUUUCUUUUUUUUUUUUUUUUCUGGCACUAUAGUGCCCUGAGGGUGCCCCCAUCCUCAGGGUCCCCCUCCCACCGGGCUCUGGGGAGAGGAAAGGGGUUAAAACUUACCUUUCUCCAGCGCCGGGCGGGGAGCUCUCCGCCUCCGAUCCUCCUCCUCUCCUACCUUUCGGCUGAAUGCGCACGCGCGGCAAGAGCUGCGCGCAUUCAGCCGGUCUCAUAGGAAAUGCUUUCCUAUGGACGCUUGCGUGUUCUCACUGUGAUUUUUCACAGUGAGAAUCAUGCAAGCGCCUCUAGCGGCUGUCAAUGAGACAGCCACUAGAGGCUUUAGAGGCUGGAUUAACCUAUUUAUAAACAUGGCAGUUUCUCUGAAACUGCUAUGUUUAUAAAAAAAAAAAAAUGGGUUAACCCUAGCUGGACCAGGCACCCAGACCACUUCAUUAAGAUGACGUGGUCUGGGUGCCUAGAGUGGUCCUUUUAAUGGAAAUGUGUUUUGUUUUUUUUUUGUUUUUUUUUUUUUGUUUUUUUGGUACAUUCUCAACAUCAAACAAUAUCAUCAAAAGAAAAAUAAACAUGCCUCCAUCAGAAUUUUGAGUUGUCCAGAAUAAACAUACUGAGCAUGUAUAAAUUCACAAAAUAAAGCUUGACACACAAAGCUCUACAUUAUUGCGGUCCAAUUCACACAUUACAUCAAUGCAUCAUGCUUAAAACCGAGAUAAUUCCUCUAUUUAUAAUUUAAACAAGCGAUACCAAUAUGUAUAUAAACUUUUUUUAUAUAUAUAUAUUUAUUUAUAUAUUCCUACUUCUGUUCUUUAGGCUCAAUUAAAGCAUUAAGGAGAGAUCAUACAAUUGUUCAAGAACAGAUGUCGGUUUCCCAAGAGCAGCUAAAGGUAAAAUUACAUCGUAAUUGGUCUUUGUGUGUGUUUUGUCCACAAUUAACAAUACACGCUUGCCUUGCCACAACAGUAUCAGCAAGCAUGAACAUGACACCAAGUGGAAAACAGUGUAGCAUUGGAAGAAACAGCAGAAUUUUUAUAAUAGUAGUACAAGAUUACAAAUCGGGCAAGGGUAACAUGUAGUGGUACUAUUGAAAGCAUGGUAUAGUUCAGACAUGUUUAGCGUGUUAAACCUUAAUUAGUGUGCUUAGAUAACUUUUAUGUAUGAUUACCUUAGCCACCAUGUAUCAGAGAGUGGUGUAAGGUUUAACAGACUGGGUGACUGGUGGCCAGUAGGUGUCGCUCCCCACAGGACCCCAUGGGAGAACUAUAACCGGCCAGAACAUAAUAGUGUAGAGCCCACUUUGUCAACUUAAAAGAAAAUGAACCACACAGAGACAAGGAGUAGCCAAAAAAAUAAACUCUAUCAGAAUAUAAAUUUGAUCCGUUAGGCUAAACACGGGGGAAAUACUCUGGCUCCAGUCAGCCAAUACCAACCAUAGGUAGUAUAUAGUCCCACAAGGUGCUGCCAGCCCAGCAGCAUGGAAGGUGUGUGUGUGUGUAGUGACUUUGUUACUCUGCAGCCUUGAUGGUCUCAGUAGGCUGGUUGAAUCAGGGGGUAUACCACUGACGACCUGUCACCCUAGUACAAGUUAAAGGUGCCGGGAUAUCCCUCACAGACAGGGGGGAGAGAUAGGAGAUACUGCGGGAGUAUUAUGCAGUAAUAUGCCAAGGGAGCACUGCAAAUAGGCCGCAUAUCUGCUCCCAAGAACUGCUGCCGGCUGCGGUCUGGAACAAAAGUAAGUUCGCCGCUGUGAUCUCCUUCUGCUACCAAGGUAGAAUGGCAAUGAAACGUUAGGCUUAAAAUUGCCAAUUUCAGCUAUCUCAGAGCGUUUUGUCUGGAGCCCACAAGGUGUUUUACUGUUCCGCGCGGCUGUCAGGCUCCGCUACCCACCUCCCCUUUUUUUUUUUUAUUUAGUUUCCUCUCUUCCUUUUAUUCAUAGUUGGCUAAUGUCUAAUGGUCACUAAUGAAUAUAUAUAUAUUUUUUUAUAUAUAUAUUUUUCCUUUUCCUAGAACGUCUCUGCAGAAAUGAGACAGAAACUAAAGGAGCGUGAUAUUGCACUACAAACUGUAACAAAUAGAUUUUCAGAUCAAUGUUUGGUAAGACUAGAUAAUGUGUUUUAUUACGUUUUUGUUUUUUUUUUAAGUUAAAUUAUUUUCCUGUAAUUUGAAAUUGUAGUCAAACAAGCUAAAGCCAAGCAAGACAUUAUUUAAUAGGCUAAUUUUUUUCUUUUUCUUUUUUUCUUUAUUUUUUAAAGACCAGUGAUGGAAAUAUUGUUACAACAAACCAGUUUGUAAAAGUCCUAUGUCAAAAUAACUAUUUACUGGAGUGUACUUUAGAAUUUGCAUCCCUAUAGAGCCCUGCCCUGACAUUCGAUACUAGAAUAUGGUCUCAAGGGUCUAGAUUGGGAUGAUGGCCUGUAAUCUAAUUUGAUCUGAAAGAGUUACAGCUGUACCCAAAAGUGUGUACUUUGACUGGGGAAAAAUGCUUAAUUAGCUAAAUUUCAAACUCUGAAUCAAAUGCUUUAUGCAAAUUGUUUUUAUGCACAGUUUUCUAAUCAACAAUCUUAUUUCUUAAACAAUUUUUAGUUGCAAGAGAAAACCGAAAAUCUGCUUUUUGACUCUGAGAAAAGGUUGGAGCAAACGAUGCAAAAAGUGACUCUGCUUGAAGAACAACUGUAAGUUUUUAUUUUUGGUUUUAGAAAGAAAAUAAUGGCUUUAAUAAAUGAAAAAUCUUUCAUUCCCCUUCCCUAUAUUUUUAAUUUCCUUUUAAUAUGGAUAUUUUGACUUUUAUUUAUUUUUUCUGACUUCUUUAUUAGUUUAUUUGCAGAUGAUGUAUUAUCUAUUAAAAACCUAAACAAAUCUAUUAAACCAAUUCACUCCAUUCUAAAAUAAUUUAGUGAAGCAUCAGAUUAUAUAAUUUGCACUUAACACUGGCCCUUUCAUUUUAUAUUCCAUGGUUUUAACUGUAAAGACAUGGAGGAGAAUACCCUUUAAAAUUGAGAGAAUCCAUUAUUCAAUACCUUGGUAUAAAGUUAUGCAAAUAUUUAUCCAAAAUUCAUUCAAUAAAUGUAGUAAAGGUUUGGCCUGACUUACAGAAAGAGUUGGAAAGAUGGUGUACACUCGAACUCUCUUGGUUAGGUAGAUUGGCAUCUAUUAAGAUGGCCAUUCUGCCAAAAAUCUUUUACUACUUUAGAACAAUCCCUUUAUUACUUUACCAGUUACUUGUGUCAACAAAAUUCAUUCAACUAUAACCAAAUAUAUAUGGAAGAAUAAACCAAGUAGGGUAAAACUAACAACAACCCCUCAAAUUGAAUUCUGGCUAUGGUGUUCCUGAUUUUCAGAAAUAUUAUGCUACAAAUGUUGCCUCCGUCUUUACAUUUUAAUUUGAUUAUUAACAGACCACAUUGGUUAGAAAUGGAAACGGAAAAAAUACAACCCAAGUCCAUAAAAAAAUACUAUGGUUACUACCAAAUAAGCACCCAAAUAUUUACAGUAUAUUCACUACAAACAAAAUCAAGGUGUAUGUUUUAUAAAACGGUUACACCAGGGCUCAUCAAAUCCCAGGCAUUAGAUCGCCAUGGCGACUAUGAAUUUUGCCCUGGCAUCUGGGAUUUGUCAGCCUUUGCCCUCCUCCUCCUCCUGUCUCAACGCCGUGCAAGCUCUGUCCGCCCAUGCGCCGGGAGGAAGUGAAGGGAACUGUAAAUACUUCCUUCCAGCGCUGUGGCCGCGCAGUGGAACCACAAGCUGGCAGGACACCUGGUAAAAUCUGCUCUGCUUGCUGUCCGCCCCUAUUCCUCUGUCGCGCCUGUACCGCAGUGCACGCCUCCAACCUGCUCCCAUUCUGCAGAGCCGGCUGCCCGCCCCUUCCCCUGCGCGGCCUAAGAAUAAGGAGAAAGUAAUUAAAGUUCCCUUCCUCCCGGUUAACAGAGAUACAGGAGGGGGAGUCUGAAGAGAGGGCAGCCCUCCCUUCAGCCGCAGCUAGCACUACUGCAACCACCUGCUGCCCAGUCCUACUAGACCCCAGGGAAGCCACCCUUCUGAACCCAAAAGGUAGGAAACUGGAGGGUGGCUAAAACUAUGUAUUUUUUUUAAUGUGGGUAUCUGUGACAUUGUGUGUAUCUAUAGUGUGUAUGUCUCUAUGUGUGUCUGACUGUGUGUAUCUAGAAUUCUUUGUGUGUCAGUGAGUGUGUGUGUCUGUCUGCCAGUCAGUCAGUGAGUGUGUGUGUGUCUCAGUCAGUGUGUGUGCGUGUCUCUGUCUGCCUGUCAGUCAGUGUGUGUGUGUGGGUCUGUCAGUGAAUGUGUAUGUUUAGGUCACCAGCCCCCUUUCCAUCAAUUAGGAAUGGUGUUUUUACUCGCCUUUUUUUUCCCCAACGCCAUGCUUGUCUCUGAGACAAUCUUGAUGAUCCUGUAGGAAAGCAUUGGGAGCUAUUGAGCAUGCGCAGUAAAAUGUUGCAUCAAUCAGCAUCUCCUCAUAGAGAUGCAUUAAAUCAAUGCAUCUCUUUGGGGAGCAUUCUGCGCCUCCAUGCAGAUAGUGGCCGUUUGAGUGACUGCCACUAGAGAUGUUACUAGGCAGCAAUGUAAACACUGCCUUUUCUCUGCCAAAGGGCAGGCUAAUUGAGCUGUUGUCCGUCCUCAGCACUCUCUUGCGACUUGUUUUUUUGCUUUUCCACGUAAAGACCGUGUUUAUGUGGAAAAGCCUGCAGGGACAGGCUAUAGACACCAGACCCACUACAUUAGCCCGUAGUGGUUCUAGUGCCUAUAGUGUUCUUUUAAGAUUGUAUUUUUGUUGUUGGGGGAAAAAAAAAUGGCUCCUAACUUUUUAAGCUGGUUCCUAGAUCCAAAGCAAAUUUGUCAAGCCCUGGGUUACACCAUCCUCCAAUUUUGAGCUUCUACCACUAUCCAUUUUAGAUUCUCAGAUACCCCCAUUAAACCUAAAGUAUUGGCGUUCCCAUUCUAUGUUUUGACUUAAGAUGAUUUAUUUUUAGGAAAUUCAGUCAUUUAGUAAUUUAAAAGAUAAAUAUAGCUUAUGAGAUCAUAUUUUGCCAGAAUUUAAUUUAAUAAUAGAUAAACAAAAAGGAAUGUUUUUAAUGUAUUUGGUCUAUAUAAGAAACCUCAAUCAUUUGAAGUUACUAAAUUAAAAAUAAAAUGCAUCUCCUUAAUUCAAAUCGCAAAAAAAAAAAAAAAUUUCCACUUUCUCUUUAUUUCCUCAAGGCCUACCACUAAAUUAGAAUAUAUGAUAACGUGGAAAAACAAUUGGGCACACAAUAUACAGUGCCUUGCAAAAGUAUUCACCCCCUUGACUUUUUACCUAUUUUGUUACAUUACAGCCUUAAGUUCAAUGUUUUAUUAAUCUGAAUUGUAUGUGAUGGAUCAGAACACAAUAGUCUAAGUUGGUGAAGUGAAAUGAGAAAAAUAUAUACCUAUUUUUUAGAAAUCAAAAACAGAAAAUUGGCAUGUGCGUAUGUAUUCAACCCCUUUGUUAUUAAGCCAAUAAAAAGCUCUGGUGCAACCAAUUACCUUCAGAAGUCACAUAAUUAGUGAAAUGAUGUCCACUUGUGUGCAAUCUAAGUGUUACAUGAUCUGUCAUUACAUAUACACACCUUUUUGAAAGGCCCCAGAGGCUGCAACACCUAAGCAAGAGGCACCACUAACCAAACCCUGCCAUGAAGACCAAGGGUUAGGUUAUAACCAAAUUGAAAGAACAUGGCACAACAGCAAACCUGCCAAGAGACUGCCCCCCACCAAAACUCACGGACCGGGCAAGGAGGGCAUUAAUCAGAGAGGCAGCACAGAGACCUAAGGUAACCCUGGAGGAGCUGCAGAGUUCCACAGCAGAGACUGGAGGAUCUGCACAUAGGAUGACAAUAAGCUGUACGCUCCAUAGAGUUUGGCUUUGUAGAAGAGUGGCCAAAAAAAAGCAAUUACUUUCAGCAAAAAAUAAAAUGGCACAUUUUGAGUUUGCGAAAAGGCAUGUGGGAGACUCCCAAAAUGUAUGGAGGAAGGUGCUCUGAUCUGAUGAGACUAGAAUGUAACUUUUUGGCCAUCAAUGAAAAUGCUAUGUCUGGCACAAACCCAUCACAUCACCCAAAGAACACCAUCCCCACAGUGAAACAUGGUGGUGGCAGCAUCAUGCUGUGGGGGAUGUUUUUCAGCAGUCGGGACUGGGAAACUAGUCAGUUGAGGGAAAGAUGGAUGGUGCUAAAUACAGGGAUAUUCUUGAGCAACACCUGUACCACUCUGUGCGUGAUUUGAGGCUAGGAUGGAGGUUCACGUUCCAGCUGGACAAUGACCCCAAACACACUGCUAAAGCAACACUUGAGUGGUUUAAGGGGAUACUUGUAAAUGUGUUGGAAUGGCCUAGUCAAAGCCCAGACCUCAAUCCAAUAGAAAAUCUGUGGUCAGACUUGGAUUGCUGUUCACAAGUGCAAACCAUCCAACUUGAAGGAGCUGGAGCAGUUGUGCAGGGAGGAAUGGGCAAAAAUCCCAGUCGUAAGAUGUGGCGAGCUCAUAGAGACUUCUCCAAAGCGACCUGGAGCUAUGAUUGCCGCAAAAGGUGGCUCUACAAAGUAUUGACUUUAGGGGGUGAAUAGUUAUGCACAUUGACUUUUUCUGUUAUUUUGUCCUAUUUGUUGUUUGCUUUACAAUAAAAAAAAAAAAAUCUUCAAAAUUGUUGGCAUGUUCUGUUAAUUAAAUGAUACAAAUCCUCAAACAAUCCAUGUUAAUUCCAGGUUGUGAGGCAACAAAACAUGAAAAAUGCCAAGGGGGUGAAUACUUUCGCAAGGCACUGUAGCAUUGGUUCAAUUUACCUCUUGCCUUGAGAGGUAUUACACAAUGUGCCAGUCAUUUUGAGACUUCCUUUAUUCUCUGUAGAUGAUACCCAGUAACUAUAAAAUGAAGUCCAACUUGACUUUGGUAAAUUAGAUAUGGUAUGGGUCUGUUUGUAGUUCAGAUCCUGAGGUAGUUAAAUUCUAUUGGAGCUAGUACAAGCUCAGGUGUAGCUAGCAUUCAGUGGCGUUGAUCUCCCACUGGUAGGAUGUAGGUGGUGGUUGAUGAUAUGUGGCUUGAAGUGAAGGUUUUCUCGGUAUGAGGAGAAAAAUACAACAAAAAUAGUGCUCUCUGUAAAAGGGUUGUAAUAGAAUGGUAUUAUACUCACAUUUUAGUGAGCAGGAUAUACUGCUCACGAUAAUAGCGUGGGUGGUAUAAUCCUCACCUUGGGAUUCUUUGGAUGAGUAUAUACUGCAAUAUUCUUGAUGACCAGGUUAAGAAAAUAACAUAAAUAGGUUUGUAAAAAGGUAUAUGGCACACACAAGGUUAAGGGGCCAAUAUUUCUUUAAUAGUACAAAGUAAAAAGCAUUUAAAAACAGCCAAAACGCGUUUCGCCAACACAAGGCUUCAUCAACUGGCAAUAAAAAACAUUAACCUGGUAAAUGAGUUUUUAUAUAGGCAAUACAUUUAUUCAAAUCUUGGCGCCAAAAUUACGUCAAUUAUUUAACAUCUAAAUUCAAAACAAGUUAAUAUAAAUACUAAAAUAACAGGUAAGUUAUACACAGUUUUAAAAUGUAAUUCUUUUAUUAAAACGAGGGUUGUAUGUAGAAAAAGCUUAUCAAGGAAUGUAAGGGCGCGGUCAAGUGGUUCACAAUAGAUUGUGACGUAAUAUAUGACGUGAUCGGCCCUAGGGGAUUGUGGGGAUAAGUAUGCUUAUCUCUAUUGAAUACUUUAGUUGUGUUACUAUAUUACUGUUAACUUUAAUUUACAUACCGUAUAUACUCGUGUAUAAGUCGAUCUCAUGUAAAAGUCGAGUGCAGUUUUGUGACCAACAAUUGUGAAAUAUGCUAUGCCUCGUGGAUAAGUCGAGGGUAAAACUUGGGGCUAUGAAAUUCUGUGAUUUUUAUAAUUAUAUACACACACACUCAUACAAACACACACUCUGCAUUAUAUAUACACAAACUCUGCAUUAUAUACAAACACACACUCAUACAAACACACACUCAUACAAACACACACUCAUACAAACACACACUCAUACAAACACACACUCAUACAAACACACACUCUGCGUAUAUAAUGCAGAAUGUGUGUUUGUGUAGUGUGUGUGAACUGGGUGGGGGGAGGGCAUUUUAAUUUUAAUUUUUUUUUAUUUUAAUAUUAUUUUUUUAUUAUUUUAAUUUUAUUUUGUCCCCCCCUCCCUGCUUGUUAACUGGUCAGGGAGGAGAGCUAUCUUAAUCCCUGGUGGUCCAAUGGCAUGGGCUGUGAAGUGGGGGGGCCGGCAGGAAGCAUUUACUUACCUUUCCUGUAGCUCCUGUCAGCUCCCUUCUCCUCCGUUACGGUCAGCUCCGCUGUAAGUCUCGCGGAUCGUUGCCAUGGCUCUGACGGCCGCGGCUCUCUAAGUUGCCAUAAUACAGACAGUGACUCGAGUAUAAGUCGAGUGGGGGUUUUUAAGCACAAAAAAAGUGCUGAAAAACUAGACUUAUACUUGAGUAUAUACUGUACUCAAAAUAUUUAUUUAAUUGGAUUCCCUUAUUCUCUGAUACCCUUACCCUAUUUAAUACUUGUUAUUGUUUAAAAAAUUAAGUACAUUCUCUAAUAUAAUAUAUUUUAUGAAAAACAGACCAUCAAAACCUGUAUGCACUUUAUUGUUAAAGGACCACUAUAGGCACCUAGACCACUUCAGCUCAAUGAAAUGGUCUGGGUGCCUGGUCCCUCUCAUUUUAACCCUGCAGCUGAAAACAUAGCAGUUUCACAGAAACUGCUAUGUUUCACUGAGGUUUAAUCCAGCCUCUAGUGGCUGUCUCACUGACAGCCGGUAGAGGCGCUUCCGCGAUUCUCGCUGUGAAAAUCGGUGAGAAGACGCUGGACAUCCAUAGGAAAGCACUGAGUAAUGCUUUCCUAUAGGCUGUUUGAAUGCGCGCGCGACUCUUGCUGCGCAUUCGGCUCUGACGUCGACAGGGGGUGGAGAGUUCCCCAGCACAGAGGGAGCCCGGCACUGGAGAAAAGUAAGUGACUGAAGGGGCUUUAACCCCUUCAGCCCAGUGGGAGGGGGGCCCUGGGGGUGGGGGGGAGUUUGUUUUCCUGGCACUAUAGUUCUUCAUUUUUGUGCCCCACCUCCCAACUCUUAGAUUAGAUUUUUAUCUUGCCAUGAAGUUUCCAAAUUUCCUACCUAGAAUAUUUUAUGAAGUGAUAUUUUUUUUUUUUUUCUCAUAAACUACCUAUAUGUACUUUCAAGGCAACAUAUAUGGUCUAAAUCAGGGGUGCCCUAAUGUUUAAAAAAUACAGCUUCCAUGAUGAUUUGUAGUUCUACAAUAUUUCUGCACCCCUGGUCUAAAUGGAUGCCAAUCAACUAUCUCACCUGAUUUGGCUGGUGACUGACCUGAGACCGUUACUUGCAGAGCUUCACAAUAGGAGAUACAAAAUUACUAUAGGUAAAUCUUUAACAUUUAGCAUAUUUUUACAGUUUAGUUGGGUUUAAGAUUAAGUAUCAUACCUUUUUAUAAGUACCGUAUAUACUCGAGUAUAAGCCGACCCGAAUAUAAGCCGAGGCCCCUAAUUUUACCCCAAAAAACUGGGAAGACCAGGGUGGGAAAUGCAGCAGCUACUGGUAAAUUUCUAAAUAAAAUUAGAUCCUAAAAAAAUUAUAUUAAUUGAAUAUUUAUUUACAGUGUGUGUAUAUGAUAAAUGUAGUGUGUGUGUGUGUGUGUAUGAGUGCGCAGUGUGUGUGUAUGAGUGCGCAGUGUGUGUGUAUGAGUGCGCAGUGUGUGUGUGUGUAUGAAUGCAGUGUGUGUGUAUGAAUGCAGUGUGUAUGAGUGCAGUGUGUGUGUGUUUGUGUUGCAGAGCCUUGGUGGGGGGGUGGGCAUUUUUAUAAAAAAAAAAAAAAAAUUAAUAUUAUUAUUUAUUUUAAUUUUUUUGGUUAUAUUAUUUUUUUAUAUUUAUAUAUUAAUUAAUAUUUUAAUUUUUUGUUAUUAUUUUUUUAUUUUAUUAUUAUUUUUAAUAUUUUAUUAUUAUAUUUAUUUAUUUUGUUGUCCCCCCUCCCUGCUUGAUACAUGGCAGGGAGGGGGGCUCUCCUUCCCUGGUGGUCCAGUGGCAUUGGCAGUUCAGUGGGGGGAGGAGGGGGGCUGGCAGAGCUGUUACUUACCGCAGCUCCUGUCAGCUCUCUCCUCCUCCGCGCCGGUCCGUGCAGCUCCUCUGUCAGCUCACACUGUAAGUCUCGCGAGAGCCGCACUAUGACCCCGCGGCUCUCGCGAGACUUACACUGGGAGCUGACCGAGGUGCUGCACGGACCGGCGCGGAGGAGGUGAGAGCUGACAGGAGCUGCAGGAGAGGUAAGUAACAGCUCUGCCAGCCCCCAGUCUGUAUUAUGGCAAUGUAAAUUGCCAUAAUACAGACAGUGACUCGAGUAUAAGCCGAGUUGGUUUUUUUCAGCACAAAAAAUGUGCUGAAAAACUCGGCUUAUACUCGAGUAUAUACGGUAUGCUAGAAUUAUCUUCAAUACAAAAUGUAAUCCUUGAUUAUGUGUGUCUCACUUCUCUCUUAACCAUGUUAAUCUCAGUAUGGCUGCAAAUAAUGAAAAAUCCAAUCUGGUGGUGGAAAAAGAUGAAACCGAGAAGAAGCUAGCUAACAUUUUGGAAGAAAUUAGGUAAAGCCUAAGGAUGGUAAAUUUAAUAUUGUAACUCAACUUUGUAAUGAUCAGUUUACAAAUGUGGUGCAAUAUUGCAUGGUUAUGUGCACCUAAUAGUUUUGUUGUGAAUACACUAAAUAAAUUACAGGAGAACCAUCACUGAUUAAUACGUACUAAUUCAGUUGAGUAGUAUAAGAAUGUAUACAGAUGAUUUGGAUAAUAUUCUCUUCACAUUCACUAUAUGCUCAACAGCUUUAAAGGAACACUCUAGACCCUAAAGCACUUUUGUUUGCUGAAAUGCUUUAUUUGUGUAGUUUAUUUAGUCUUUAAUUGAUCUCCUCAAUCUAAAUUUACGUAAAUUUACAUUUUAUUCUGUGCACAAUGUUUGUAUGAAUAAAAGACUUGGAUCAUUUUAGGCCCUAUGUUUUCAAGGUAUGUACUAUUCACAUUAAUUUGCAAACCCGCUUCUAAAUUGAUCGGAAUAUCUGCAAAAUACCUCUCACCUGUGGCCUACUAGCUCAGAUGUUGCUUGAGAAUAAAAUCCAAAGGAUUUUGUGCAGAAUAGGUUCAUAUGAGGGAAUAAUAUCUACUUUUUCUCAAUCGUGCAUCUUCAAAUAUUACUUUUUUAAAUGGUUCUAAAUCUCUAAAGUCACAUUUUUAGCAUGUGCUGUAGCAGCUCAAAAAUAUAUGUAUAUCGUUUUAGGGACAUUAAGGCUCAAGCUGAAAAAUAUAAAUUGGAUGCAGAUCUAAUAGAAAAUCUACUGAUGCAGAAAAAACAAGAGCAGAUCGUGCAGAAGGAUUUCCUUACUCAGAGGGAGCAAGACUUCUCAAUACAAAUUAAAGAACUGGAAGAGAAAUAUGGGCAACAAUUGGAAAACAAGGGUACUUAAGCAGAACAUUAGCAACACCAACACAUUAAAGUAUUUUGAAUACAUUUUAAUAUGUAUUUUCACUUUAAUUUCCAGAAAAUGUUUUAACUCAAAGUCGUGCAAGAGAAGAAAGCUUAAAAAUAGAGCUUGAACUGAUAAAACAGAAGCUAAGUCAACAAGAAGAUAGUAUUUAUGUUUUACAGAAGCAAGAGGUGGAACUGCGUUCCAAAUUACAAAUCGAGGAGGUACGUGGUGGUAUGAUCUUGGAACUCAUGCAGUGUCUUGGUCUGCUGCCAUAAAUACAGUCUCCAUUUUGAAUAUUAAUUGCUGGUAUUGUGAGCUGUUGAUUUUAUGAUGGACUUCCUUAAAGUGGUGGUUCUUAAAAAGAACCUAUAGACCUAAAAAUGGCAUUCGUUAUUUUGGUUACCCUUUCAUCUGGGAUAACUCAAGUAAUAAAUGAGUACUCACUCAAUAAAUUAAUACUCAAACAGUUUCUAGUGCUAGGACAACACUACAGCCUACAGCCUCCAGCAUCCGAGCUGACAUCACCUAUGAUCUUCUCCAAUUCAUUGCUUAUCAAUGAGAAGCAAUGGCUAGGAACUAGGCAUGCACGGCCAAACACUGUGCUCUUCUAAUCAAAUGCUGCUAUCCUGAAAAUAAGUCAACAUUAUUAAUUCUGACAAGAUCCAGACAAAUCUCUUCUAGUUGGCGCUUCUAAUAGAGACCUGAAAUUAUCUUUUUAUCCGGUUCAAAAACCUAUUUCCACUAGGUAGGGAGUGCCAUGAACGUGGUCUGGGGGCUGUGUGAGCUGUACGGCCGCACAGUGCCCCAUGGUAGUUAGGGUGCCGGGCGGCCAGAACAGCUCGCACACGCAAACACCAGCUGAACUGGCCGCAAGGAGGGAAAGGGGGGCGGAGCUAAGCAAAAUCUGGGGUAGGGCUUAAUACGGCACUUACCCACUGCUGUUUCUGCUGCACAUGGAGGUGCUGCAAGAAGGAAUCCCUGCUUCUCCAACUAACAGGCUCCAGGGAAAGGACUUCAGGGAAUCCACUCCUCCUCCAGCCCACACUGUCUGAGAGAGAGAGAGAAUAUAAACUGUCUGCCUUUUACUGUGUGUGACUGCAUGCCUGUGACUAACAAAAACAGAAUACCCUGCAUAUAUUCUCUGGCCUUCCACCAAGAGGGCGCUCUGUGUGUAGGAUGGACACCGCUGAAUCCACCAAUGUAGUAUCAAAGAAGAGAAACACAGGCAGCACUCCAGGACAUAGAAGAUAAAUUUAUUUGUAGGUUCACCACCUCACCAAAAUAAGUGCAUUAAUCAUGCAUAAGGGAUACAGCAUAACAGCAGUGUUUAAAAAAAAACACCAAAACUAAUUAAGUUAAUUAAAGAUUACAAUCACAUGUUAAAACAGAUCAGUGACAUUUAAAAACAAGACGUGGAAUCUACUCCAGUAUCGGAUCAGGAUUUAAAGAUGCAGUGAUAUAUUCUACAAUCACAUCGUAAUACACUCAUCUCUAGUUGAUAUUCCAUAGCAUAAAAGGGUUAAAUAUCCUGUCCAGUACAGCAAGCUAAACUGCAUAUAUAUAUACCCAUGCAAUAGGUUAAAUAACAAUAAUUAAUUAGAAAGUACCAUAUAAACAAAGUCUGAUCGACUAAACAGUCAGUCUUAAAGAUACAGUGACCUAUUAUUUAAUAACCUGGUAAUGCGCUCAUCUAUGGUAAAUAUUCCAUAAGAUGAAAAAAUCAGAUAUCCUAUCUAAUGCAGUAAGUUAAAUUAGCAUUUUUUAAUUCCAAUUGCUGGCAAAAAGCUUUUAGAUAUUAAAUAAGAAAGUACAAUACAAAUGAAGUCUAUUUAAAUGAUAGAUCCAGAUCUUAAAGGUACACUAACUUAAUAUGCAGUACCAUAAUAAUUUAAUCCUCUACAGUAAAUAUUCCAUAACAUGGAGAAAGUAUGAUGUCAUGUCAAAUAUGACAUAUAGGACCAGUAUCUAGAAAUAUAUAUAAUUAGCAAAGUAUCAAUGAUUAAUUUAAGAGUACUCAAUAGAAAAGAGAGAGAGCCUGUGACUAUGUGGGGGGAUUACCUUUGACUCUCUGCCUGUGACUGUUUGAUGUUGCCUGUAACCGUGCAUGUGACUGCUGCUGCCUUUAAAGGCACUCUCCAGUGCCAGGAAAACAGUUUUUUCCUGGAACUGCAGUUCCACUCCCCAUCCCAUGUUGCUGAAGGGGUUAAAACCCCUUCAGUGACUUACAUGUAUCCAGCGCCGAUGUCCCUCGGCACUGGGUCAGGCUUCGCCAACUCUCCUCCCCCGCUGACGUCAGCCAGUGGGGGAGACCUAAUGCGCAUGCGCGGCAAUGGCCGCGCGCAUUACACCACCCCAUAGGAAAGCAUUAUUCAAUGCUUUCCUAUGGGGAUUCAGGCAACGCUGGAGGUCCUCGUGCAUUGCAUGAAGACGUCUAGCAUCUCUUAAAACACUAAAAGUGUUCUAAGAACCCGAAAGCUCCUCUAGUGGCUGUCUCAUAGACCAUCACUAGAAGAGGACUUAACCCUGUUAGGCAACUAGUGCAGUUUAUGAAAAACUGCACUAAUUACACUUGCAGGGUUAAGGGUAGUGGGAGUUGGCACCCAGACCACUCCAACGGGCAGGAGUGGUCUGGGUGCCUGGAGUGUCCCUUUAACUGUGUGAGACUGUCUGCCUGUCAAUGUGUGUGUGUGUGUGUGUGUGUGUGUGUGUGUCUCUGCAGGGAUUUUGUGGAAGGGGUCAAGGGUUUUGUAUUGGGACAUGAGUCUUUUUAUAAGGAGGGCUGAGCAGGGUUUUUGUGGAAGGGGGUUGCAGGGGUUUUGUAGACAGGGGCAGUAUAGGAUUUGUAGGUGGGGGCAGGGCAGGACAAGGGUUUUGUAAUUUGUAGAAGGGAGGAUGUGCCAAGCACAGGAUCCGCCCCUGCCAAAUGCUCUAGGUACGCCCCUGCACCCCCCUCCCCACUUUGGCUUCAGCUUAAUUCCCUCUUUUCUAUGCUAUCUACACUUCUUUGAGGUCUCAACUCCCCCCUUCCCGCCACCCCCACUUGUUUUAAAGGGAUACUAUAGUAACCAGAACAACUAUAGCUUCAUGUAGUUCUGUUGUCUAUAGCCUGUCCCUGCAGGAUUUUUAAUAUAAACACUGGUCUAGUAGGAGUCACUUAGAUGGCCACUAGAGGUGCUUCCUGGGUUAGUGCUGCACUGACAUUCAACGCCUUCAUGCUUUUUGUGGAGGUGCUGAACAUUCUUCAUAGAGAUGCAAUGACUCUGCAUUUUCAUCAGGAGAUGCUGAUGGGUGCAGUGCGGCAUUUUGCUGUGCUCGCGUAAUAGCCUCUAAAUGCUUUCCUAUGGGAUAGCAUUAGAUUGGUUAAGAGUGUCAAUUUUGAUGAUCUCAGCCAAGGAGGCGAAGCCAGCUACAGUAGACAUGAGCAGCGCUGGAAUGAAGGCAGGGUUAUUUCCUUUUCAGCGUGUUAUGGGGCCUAAACUGCGUUUGUAAUACUAUAGUGACAGGGAUACACGGUUGUAUUCCUGUCACUAUAGUGUUCCUUUAAAGUUUCCUCCAACAUAGCUAUCCUCUCCUUAACACUAAAGACCUUCUUCCCUUCUGGUGUUAUCCAUUUCGGCUACAAAGAUUGUACCCAAGCGCAAAAUAGUCCCAGUAUUCUGAAAACCCCAAAUCCUCCUUCCUGCAUCAGGACUUUAGCCACGCAUUGACCUCUCUAAGCCGCUUUUACCUUAUCACUAUAGCAGGUGUCACAGAUAUCUCAGAAAAUACCACUUUGGAGGUCCUCUUCUUACGUUUGCUACCCAAUUCUUUAAGGUCCUAAAUCUUCCUCUAACUUUGUCAUUACCAAUAUGGACCAUGACAGUUGGUACUUUCCCAGCCCCUCCCAAUAAUUGCUCCACUCUUUCAACAACAUGCCAGACCCUAGCACGCGGGAGACAGCAAACUGUCCGGUUAGUGCGAUCAGAGUGGCAGAUCACCCGGUCUACCCAUUUUAAUAAUAGAAUCCUCUACAACCACAACCUGCCUAGCCUUUGCUCCAUACUGGAUCCCAUCCAUAAUAGAGGUGCUGUUCCCCCCCAGCUGUUGGAUGGUGCAGUUUCCUACAGCACAACUGCACACUCCCGAGCCGUUACUCCCAACAUCUUCACUCAAGCAGGCAAAUCAGCUGGGUGUACAAAAUCAGGACUGGCAGCACCUUUCCUCUUCCCUCCCCCUUUGCUGCCAAGCCGAAUUGUCAACGAGCUACCUGUCUGUCCCACAGCGAUUUCAUUUGCUUCCACUCAACUACCUGCCCCCGCUAAACUCUGCUUAGUGAGCAAGUCCUUUUCAAAGUUGUCAAUCUGCCUCAGUGUUGCAAUUUGCUUCUCCAGCUCUCCAAUCUGAGCUUCCAGAGAAAACUUCAGUUUUAAACUGAUAGGACCGAGGUACCUAGGCACCUUCGUUGAACCAGUAACCUUGUUUAUAACAGGUUUUCAUGAUCUUGUUCUGUUCAGAGUUUUGAUUAGUAGUGCUACUGUUCACACACCCAUAUCAUUUGAGUGUGUUAAAUGAGCUGUAAUUAGCAGGUUCACAGAGUGAGUCAUAUGGUAAGUUUUCUCUCGCUGGCAUCUGUUGUAAGCGUUCUAUUCAUUGGGCACAGCAAAAUAAUAUAUAAAAUAUUUGCUGGACAAUAUCGAUGAGGCUUAAAUCCUGAAGUGUAAUUUUGAGGGUAUGAAGUUCUUUUUGAAGUCUGAUGCACAGCUCUUAGUAAAUCCGUUGAAAAGCUGCCGCAGGGUUGUGACUACUAUUGUAAUCCUGCUACCAGACCCUCAUUUCUGACAUCUGCCAACACCUUUUUAUUUUAAUUUUUUUCUGUAUAUCCUUCUUUUAGUAAUGUUCUCCAACCAAUUGUGUAUAUAUCUUUUGCAAAACUUUUUUAGGAUACAUCCUGUACACUACGUUCACAAAUGCAGAAUGUUCAAGAGGAAAUGAUGAGAGAGCGCCGGCUGCUGGAAGAUGAGUUGGAGGGAAUGCUUGAUGAACUUGAUAGUCUGCAGAUUGCAGAACAAGAAGCAGAUAAAAUAAUUUUGCAAUUGGAAAAUGAGAAUAAGCGUCAAGCAGAAGAGCUGGUUAAUCUUGAAGAAACCUUAAAAGAGUAAGUUGUUGUUACUGGGGUAAUAUUCGUUACAGACUUCUGAAUUAGUACUCAGUUUUUGUAUAAUAGAAAAUAGUGUCAAGUGGUAUAUGUUUUACUCUGGACAUUCUUUUAAUGCAUUUAUUCUCCUGCAUGCGUCCUUUUUGUAAUGGUAAUAUGAAUGGAUGAUUUCUCUACCCAGGAAAACUGCUGAGCUGGAAAGGGUCAAAGAAAAGCACAGAAUUGCUGUUUUAGAACUCAAAGAAGCACAUAGUAAUACCCUACUUAAACUGUAUGAAUUUGAAAGGUAAUAUUUUCCUUCAUUUUCAAUGACCUGGGUCAUUUAGGGGUCAUUUAACUUAGAUUUUGGCAUUGAAUGUAUAGAUGGGGGAAAAAAAUAAAUGCACAGUUGUGGUAGUGUAAUUGGGUAAUAGACAAUGAUGCUAUGUUUUGUUUUCCCCAAACUGAGUGUACAUGUAUAGUAGUAGCUAUUCUUUAUUUCUAGUGUGGUGCUAUUAAAUUGGUAGAUUUCUUUUUACAUUAUCAUCAUUGGCAUUUAUAUAGCGCCAACAUAUUCUGCAACGCAUUACAAUAUUAUAGAGGAGAAAAUGUAACUGUAUGGAGCCACCCUUGAAAAGUCCUGCAAGCGCAAGUUAGCAGUAUGGGUAGGAGCAUUGGAAGGAGAAGGUCAUCGACAGAACAGAGCAAACUGAGAAGGGUGUACCUACAAAUGACUGAAGAAAUGUAGUGAAGGCUAGAGUUAGAGCUUUAUAUGUAGGGGUUUGUAUAGGGUACAGGAGUAUUCUACAACUGCUUUUUGUGAUUAAAAAAAAUUCUGUAUGUGUUUAUUUGUAGCUUUAAGACUUCUGCAAAAACAGAAAUAGAAUCCUUGAAAUUGGCAAAUAUGUCUUUUCUGGAAAGCCUUGCUAUAGCACAGAAAAGUAAUGAAGAACAGCAAGAACAAGUUCAACAACAAAUAAAGUUGAAAGAAGAUCUCGAGCAACAAAUUUUGCAGGUUAAAGAAGUAGCAGUGAAAACAAAGGAAAAUUUAGAGCAACAGCUUCUAGAGAAACAAGAAGCAUCUGCUAAGAUCAAGGAAUGUUAUGAGCAGCAGCUUCGUGAACAGCAAGAAUUAGAGGCCAGAACCAAAGAACAGUUGGAGCAGCAGCUUCUACAACUGGAAGAAUCUGCAGCCAAAGCUAUAGAUUGCUUGAAGCAACAAAUGCUUGAACAAGAAACUGCAGCAAAAACAAUUGAACACUUGGAGCAGCAGCUUUGUGAACAGGAAGAAGCUAUGGCCAAAACAAAAGAGAGGAUGGAGCAGAAACUUUGUGAACAAGAACAAGAUACACUGAAAUCCAGGGAAAGCUGGGAGGAACAGCUUCAUGUACAGGUAGAAGCUAUGGCCAAAAUGAAGGAAAGCUUAGAGCAGCAACUUCUUGAACAGGCGGAAACUGCAGCCAAAGCCAGGGAAAGCUUGGAGCAGCAACUUCGUGAACAGGCAGAAGCUGCAGCUAAAACAAAGGAAAGCUUGGAACAGCAUAUCCAUGAACUCAAAGUAGGGGCUGGUUCCUAUGCUGAGCAACAACAUGAACUAGUAGAUCUAAAGUCCCAAUGUGCAAAACUUCAGGAUUAUUCAAUAAAGAUGAAAAAUGAAUAUACAAGGUAGGCUAAAAUGGAAAUAGGAAAUUUAGAUGGGAUUCUGGGAAAGGAUUUGCAUCCUCCAGUCUCUUCUCCCACCCUCUAUGUAUUUGCCCUCAUAAAAGUCAAUUUAAGUAGUCUCAAUCUUGAGUCCCAGCUUAAAGGACAACCAUCAGAAAGAUGUUGGUUUUUGUUUGUUUGUUACAUUAAAAUUGCAUUUUUGUUUUUUAUUUUUUUAAGAAUUUGGGUCAGACUUUUACUACAGCCAGUCAGACUUUACUGUUGUUGACUAAUUGCUGGUCAGGUAACGGAAGAGGGCAUGGCUGCUCAGUCAGAUAAAUCAAAUGCUCUUCUUUAAAGAGAAUUGGGGACUUUUAUGCACCUUUAAUUUGUCACAUCGGAAAGCAUUGAAUUCUAUUAGCUGCAACGACAUGUGAGUCUGUGCAAUGGAUGCACCUCUAGUGACUGUCUAGAAGUCAGAUACUAGAUGUGUGUUUAACCUAAUUAUUGCAGUUUCUAUAAACCUGCCAGUAGUACUUUGCAGGGUUAAAAUGACAUGACCACUGCACCAAGACCAUUUAAUUGUGAUGAGUAACCUUUGUGAUCCUUGAAAGGACAACCAUCACCAAAUUUACACAUCAUGCUGCUUCAUUUUCACAUAGAGCAGUCACAGCAGCAGGGAAGUUAGGUUUAGCAGCGGUUGAUAAGAGUAUAAUCUGACUCAGCAUGGCUCCUUAGGUAGAAAAAAAAAAAUAAGUUUCUUUUAAAUGUAAUAUGCUUUUUUUUAAAAAUGAAAUUUUGUUGACCUUUUAAUUGUAUAGCUGUACACUAAAUAUGCACACAGGUUUUAUGUAGACUCAAAUUGAAAAAUCUUGACUCUUAAAUGGAAUUGAUAAAUGUCAAACUUUAAACUAAACUUUUAAACCUCUAGAAAGCACAUGUCCAUAUUCUAUCUAUAACCUCACCUGCUCUUGUUUCAGCAUGUUGGAAUCUGCACAGUUAAAUCUGGAAAAGAAAGCGGCAGAGAUGAAAGCUUUAGAAGAGAGAUUUUUCACCAGAGAGUCAGAGUUAAAAGUUGAAGUUGCGCAGAUGCAGAGCUUGUUACAAACCCAGGAAGAGAUUUUAAAGUUGAGGUAAUGUUUAAUAGGAUAAAAAGGGACAGGUGCAAAGAGCGCUUUAAUUGAUCCUUACUGUUGAUCCAAAUGAGUGAUUAAUUCCUAGGGUUUUUUAUUAACUUAAUAAAAAAAAAAGCUUUUUUUUAUUUUAAUUUUUUUUUAAAUUUAUUAAAAUUUUUUGUAUAAAUAUAGAGCAUUUAAACACAUUGUUUCUCCUUCAAUGCAAUAAAUGUUAAAAAAAAGAGAAGUUCACUUAUCCAUUUUUUUUAUUAUUUUUUUAUAGAUAUAUAGCGAUAUAUAGAUCUCAUGCUCUUUUGAAAGAGCUACACUGUACUAGUAGAUUUACUAGGAAAUGUGUAGAUUUGGAGUAAAACCUGUUUAGCAAUAGAUCUUUCUCCCACAUUUAAGUUAAAUCUUCGGCAGAGACUCUAUACCAGUGAUGGCGAACCUAUGGCACAGGUGGCACACGGCCAUAGUUUGCCAGGAGAGGGGGCCUUUGGCUGUCUGCAGAAUUGACACCCACACACAGCACCCCUAAGACCCACAAACAGUACCCCUACCACACACACACCACAGCACCCCUUCCGCCACCCACCCACACACACACACACACACACACACAGCAACCCUCCACACACACACACAGCUGUACUUCCCCCCACACACACAGCACACCUUCCCCACACACACA